UAUGUCGUUAGGUUGUGCUAAUUUUUGGCGCGGGGUACAGCCGAAUUCUUGGAAAUAAUUACAAAUUUACAAUGUUUACAACUAAUUAAUCACCAUGGAUUUACGUUAGUAUCAUCAUGUAAAUAAUAUUCGUUGACGUGGAUAUAAUUUCUAUGCUAUAUCAUUCAUAAGGGUGGAAUUUUGACCAUUUGUACAGGUGAGUCUUGUCCCACCUCAACCAACAAUGGACGAUUUUUAUCAAGAAAGCAAGUCAAGCCAAUAAGUGUUGGUUAAACGGCAAUACUAUUUAUUUGAGGGGAUAAAGAAUCUGAAGCAUCCUUUUAUCUGUUUAUUAUUGGAUUUUUUUAAAGUCAUCAUGAUUUUUAGGGGGAAAAUCAAUACUCUCUUUCACGUAUACCCAAUUUACGGAUUGUUUUGAUUACAAUUCUGCUGUGUAUUCAUCCGCGUUAUCGUACGGUAGGCCACACCAAAAAGACAAACAUGGAUAAUAAUGUGUUAAAAUUUAAUUCUAACAUUAACGACUAAUAAUGUAAAUAAUUAUUUGGGUCGAGUUGGAAAAGUUUACGAUUAUCAUCAAUAUUUUAUGGGAAUUUAAAGGUUUUGGGCUAAUUCGGUAAACGGUCCCGUAUGAGUUGAUAGGCCGAGAUAAAUUCAAAUAGGCAGUGCCAGAGGUUGAGAGGUGAGAGGAGAGUAACUAAGAUGAGAGUAACAGCAUUUAAUUAGAUCUAAGUAAAAUGAAAUACUUCUAGUGUUUAACUUAGUUACUGUUAACUGAGCUAACCAAUAUAUAUGUUACAAGUACUGCAAUAUAUAUGUUACAUGUACUGAAGACUGAUGUCAAUUUAACUGUAAUUGUAUAGUAUGAAUAUGAAACUGAACAAUGAAUGAAAACUACCUCCCUAAUUGAUUGGACUACCUCACUCACUAGUUGGUUUUGCAUUCCUUGGCCUUAUUAAAUUAUAUUUACUAUAACUUAUACUUAUUGCCACUUAAAAGACUAGACAGAUUCUGGACUAUUUGAAUAUUAUUAAAAAAUUACUGUGCAUUUCCUUUUAGCUGUCUAUAAUACCUUUUUUUUGUAAAUAAGCCAAUUCAGCUUAUGGCUUUUAACUAUUUUUGCACACUUUUUUUUCUGUGUUGCAAACUGCUGAACAAUGUAAAUGUUCAAAAGUUUAAGUAGGCUAAGUCUAUGUAUUAGGCAGGGGCGGUGAGUACUUGGUAGUAAAAAGAAAGGGUGGUGGGGCAUAGAUUAAUUUAUGUGACACACUGGCAACAUGUGCCCUUUAUAGCUGAGAGGAACUCUCAAAGUUUCACGUUAAUUAUACUUGUCCUACUCAUUGAAGAAUAAACCUUAUGACAUGACUCGCAGAAAUAUGUCAUCAUCACAGUGUCAGAUCAGCAAAGUGAAACAAAAAUUUUUACCAGAAGCCUGCAUCAGUAACUCCAUGUUUUAACUCUUAGACUCUGGAAUUAUUUUCGGCUAAAUCUGAGGAUGGCUGCCACAGCGUCUUUUAGUGUUUAUUAUAGUUGCAGUGAAUUAGGGUUUAGGUUAGGUUGAGGGAUCAAUUUAGGGUUCAGGUUGGGCAUAGGGAUCGAUUUAGGGAUACAUUCGUGAAAUUUGAUAAAAUAGUGGCAGUCGUCCCCGUAAUUUACCUUAUUUUCCUCAUUCUGACGGAAUUAGCUACUUUGCAUAGUUAUUAUGCACUAAUAUGUUAUCUCUAAACAUUCAUAACAUUUUUUUUUUUUUUUAAAUUAAAAUUUUACGUUUGGUAUGGAAUUAAAGAGGAAUGCAUGCUCUUUACAGACAAUGAUGAUUUAGGUUUUAAAUUUUACAUAUAAAUGUGAUUUUAAGUGAAAUAAAUUAAAAACAAAAACAAAAAAACUCACCAAAUGUUUGCAAAACGCUCAUUCUUAGUCACAGAAAGAGAAAACUAUAAUUCCAAGUGUAACAAAGUUUUUUUUUUUUUCUGAACUAUAUCCAUAUGUUCAUCAUAAAGAAUAAAGAUGACAGCCACACACAAAAAUGUCCUUAUAUGUAUUAACAUUUAUUAUGGAAAAUUUACCAUAAAUUCGUCAUAUUUAUUCAUCAGGCUUUAGCUAUGGUAAGCCUGAAAACAAUCCAUGAUGAUGUGCAGAUUUGACUCACAUCCAGCACAAACAUAUACAGUUAGCCCUGUUUUAUGGUGUUUGCACACUCUGUCCUUUUUGGAGUUAAAAGGCACAUGUUUUGCUCUGAUAAGUCUGUCACGGCGCAGGGGCGUCCACACCCUGUUCUGGAACUUCGGAAAUCUUUUCCCCUCCGAAAUAAUGGUUGCAGCAUAUUAUGUUAAUGCGUUUGUAGCCUGAAAUUUCUGAAGGUUAUUUUUCUAGAUUUUCUCUGAUCUUCUGGCCUUGUGAGGUUAUAAAAGGCUAAAUUUUACACUUAUUUUCUGUAGCAUGUAUAGAACACUUUUACAAGACUUCGAAUCAUUCUCUCUGAAACAUUUUGACAUGCCUGGGGGUAUACAUCCUGUUGACCAAAAGUCACAAACAAAUGGACAAGAGUUCAUCCCCAUCAUUGUUGCCAGCGGUACUGCAAUAAAUUUGUAGGUCUCAUAAUUAUAGGCAAUUUUCCAGUCUCUUAAAAUAUAUCUCUGGCAUGUUAGAGUUUUGUUUUUAAUUCUGUAGGUAGCAUACUCAUUUAACGAGAGUACAAGCUUGUGUAUAAUUUGUGUGCUAAGCAAAGUAAGACAGUCAAGUUCAUUUGACUUAGUAGUCACAAGCUCCAAAUUUACACUUACAUGUUAAAAGGUAAAAAUCUGAAAUGCCCUCAGUGUUAGUUCCAAAAAAUCAGCAGUUUUCCAAUUAGUGCAUUAUUUAAAGCAGAAACAGUAUUAACUCUUACAAGGCACUUUAGCUGGGGUGGGACUGGUUGUUCAACAGAAGAUGAAUUAUCAAUUUAAUUAUGACUUUUGUCACUAGUACUGCUAUUAAGAUUCAUCAGAAUCAGCAUCUGCAUCCAAAAUCAUUAAAUUACUGUUUGAAUCAUCAUCAGUGUAAUAUUUUCUGUCUUUAUUAGAUCGAUCGCUAGUUGGGCCAGGUUGAGAUGUCAUGUUUGUAAACAAAAACAACAGCUUUAAACACUUCAUUCUCAGUAAAAACUCGUUAAAAGAAAGGAAAUCUGGAUGUUUAUCAAAGGGAAAUAAUUCUCGAUUUGAUUAAAAGUAAUUAAAACAAAUGGCUGAGACAAGAAACUAAACAACCCGUUUUUUAUGCAUCGACGAUGCCAUCAUCAAAACAAUAAAAACUUCAUUUAAAAUCGGCGAUGGGGAUUCUACGUCUGAUAUUUACUAUACCAGAAGACUAUAGUGAAGCAACUAUCCAUAGAAACUUUUAUUAACUAAUUCUUUAAACUCUUGGACGUACACGUAAAGUCAAUUUACAGUUUGACUUUUGUAAAAACCAACAGCAGAUAAGUGUUAUUGAAAACCGAUAAUUGGAAAUCCUAUUGUCUAACAGACUUGCUAGCUAUGAACAUGCAUGGACUGCAUUUGAUAUAAUUUGAACCAUCUUAACUAUUAUGACUAUGUAUUUUUGUAUGUCUGUAAAAUCAGUUUUUAAACAUUUUAUGUUGCUGUAUUUUUGUCAGCUCUCUAAAAAAUGUCCAAGGUAACUAUUAGUAAACGAGGAUUUGCCUAAUUACUAUUAAAAUUUUAGUUUUUAUUUAUAUUUCGCUCCGUCAAUUCAAUUGGGGUAUAUUUUGGGUAGAUGUAACCUAGGAUGUAUCUGCAGAAAUACUGUAGUCAGGAACGCAUAGGACAAAUUAGAAAAUAUUAAAGACAUUAAAAUUUUAUUGGAUCAUUUGUAGCAAUUUAACACUGAAUGACAUAGAGCAGUGCUUACAAACCGAUUUUCUGCGUAGCCCUUAAGGCUCUAUUAACUUGCUGGACAUAAAUUAGGUCUAAGGGAAUCCCUAAAGAAGUUAAGGCUGUUUCAGAUUUAGCGGCCCACAUUUACUUUGUUAAGGUUAGGCAUAGGGAUUGAUUUAGGGUUCGGGUUAGGCUUAGGCAUAGAUUUAGGGUUCAGGUUAUGCAUAGGGAUCGAUUUAAGACGUAAAAGUGCGCGCAUGGAAAUAAAUGAGGGCCGCGUUCUCUGAAUUUACCGAAGUUAAUUCUUAAAAGUGUUAGGGGAGUUAAAAAGUUUGGGAUGAUGGAUGUGCAAAUUUGUGGUCAGGGCAUUAGGGCAGACUCUUGGUAUUAAUUGGAUGGCAGGGGAGAGUAGAAGACAGUUUAAGUAAUAAGUAUGGGGUUAUUGGGAUAAAGCAGGGUAGAGAGAGUUAUAUCAAGGUUUGGCAAACAAUUAUUUAUCUUUGUAAAGUACGCUUCACACUGAGACCCAAUGUAGUGCUUUGACACCUUCUCCGUCAAAAGUUGGACCUUUCCCUACAAUUAUUUGUCAUCUUCAAAGGGAGAUGAUAGGGAAUGGUGGAGAGGUUAGUGUAUCACCACCACAAAAUUAAAGCUAUUUAAAAGAAAUUUUAAUGGUCUUGAAAUAAAAUUUACUAAAAACUUCAUGUAUCUCUUUUUUAACAUUUUUUACAUUUUAGAAUGACUAGUAUUAACUUAAAUUUGUUUGUAAUAGUUGAAUCACAUGUACUAACUUAAUGAAGUCACUCACAAAAAGUAUUUUUUACUGGUAUUUUUCCCUUCAACUUUUAGACUUAGAAUACCGGCCUUAAUCUUUUCUUCACAACAGUAAUUCCAAGAAUUUUAUCAUUGCAGUCCUUACUUUUGUCUUAACUAUUUGACUGAUUUCAAAUUAUUUUCAGUUUUGUGUAGAAAAAGAGAUGUAGUAUAAAUGCAUUAUGAACGGUGAAACCCCCAGUGUACCUAUCACAACUUUGGCUGGGGUGGCAAGUUUGACAGAUCGUAAGUAUCUAAUUUUGUGUUCAUUUAAAAAUGUUUGUGAGUUGUAAAGAGAAAGAUCAUUCAGUUUAAAACUAGUUUACCUGCAUACAUAAUUUCAUUGUGCACUUUUUUUUUUCAGUGCUGCCGCAGCUUCCCUUGCCCACUCCUUUACCUCAGACUGUCCAGAACAAAUCACUGCUGUAUAGUCAUAAGAUAGCUGAAGAUGCCCGACAACUUUUGGCUUCAUCAGAUGAAGGCUUGGGCAAUCAGCUUGCACAUGCCUUACGACAGACCAAUUCCAGUCAGAUGUAAGUAUUUUGGAUCGUUUACAAUGUUACGUCAUCAAGAAUUCUUUCUUUUUUUUUUUCUUGUCAUUUCUUUCACAAAAAAUAAUACAAAAUUAGCCAUGUUUUUAUCAUUUUCAUUUUAUAUAUAUACAUAUAACACCAAACACCCCACCCCCCUCCUUUUUUGUGUGUGUUACUAUAUACACUUGCUUUAAUAUAUUGUUUCUCAGCCUUUUUUCCCAUCUAGAGCACAUAGAAUGGUAUGUUUAACUAAUAGGAACAAAAAUACUUACUAUACCAGAGACUUAAACACACACACACACCCCCCCAAUGAGUGCACCCCAUUUUGGGAGAUGCUGCUUUAUUUCACAAUCUGGUAUUGGUAGUUUUUAUAACUAUAAUUUGUAUUGGUUUUAUUUUCUUUUUUAUUUGUAUGAUUUGAUUUACUUAUGUCAACAGAGAACUGAAAGAUACACUGAGCACAAAUUCAGUUGAAGGAUACAUCCCCAGCUUGCUGCAAACUGUGAUGCGGAAGGAUCCCCAUAUCUUUCAAGGCAAUGCACAUUUAGAUGGUACUUUUUUUAUCAGCCCCAUUCAAACCUUAGGGAACAACUUUCAACAGCAUGGUGUUAUGGGUUAUAAUAACAGCUCUGGUGAGUUUUAAACAUUUUGUGACUCAAGAUUUCAAAUAAAUGUUUUGCACAUUCGUGGCUUUUUGGGUAAGCAAUCUUUUAGUUGAAGGACUUAUUUAAUGUUCAUCAAGUAUGAAAAACAGGAAAUUGAGCUCCACAUAUUUUUUUUAAUUCUUUUUUUUUUUCUAAUUUCUUAUUUUUUAUUUUUUAAUAAUUUUUUGUUAAAUUCAAUUUUUGAAAAAAAAAAUUUUUUUUUAAAACAUUAUGGGUGUUGUGAUGCAUUUUUAUUUUUGACAAAUUCUGAAAUCAGGUAGGCAAUUUUGAAAGUAUGAAAUGAACCUGUAAUUUUGAGUCUCAAAAAAUUCUUCAACAGAACUCACUAAUAAGGGUUAAAAAAAAAAAAUAUAUAGUGAACUUCCCUUGCAGCAUAUUGUUAACUUUUUUUUAAGUUGCUUUCAACCCACUGAAUGAAAUUAUUAAAAAUCUAUUUUUCUUUUCUAGAUAAUGGAAGUGGUAAAAUCUUCUGGUGAAGGGACUUUAAUGCAUAUAUUAUUUUACAUUCACAUCAUGGGAUAGAGUAUUCAUUUAUAUUUUACUCACACAAAAAAACAACUACUUUACGGUUAUACUUAAUUCAUCAUAUUUUAAGAAUUGGGGAUGUGUAGUUGGGAGAAAUUUUGUUCUAUAAUUUCUCAUUAACCUUGAAAAAACUACAUACCAUAGUUGUCUAUUUUUUUAAUAAUUACAUCAUGAUUUGUAAAAGUAUAUUUUAUGGAAAUUUGAGCUUACAAACCGUUGUCGUAUCAAACCGUGAUGAUUUUAUGAGAUUAAAUUGUGCCAAAUCUUGGUAAAAUUUCAAGUGACUUUCAUUAGGAAUAGCUUUGGGUGUAAGUUUCAUGUGGUUACACAUAAUUUAACCAGGCAAUAACAUAAAAUAUUAAUCCUUUUGCUUGCAAGAUUCUCUACUAUAUUUUUACCCACUGUCUAAUUUUUGCAUUGCGUAGAUCAAAAUUUUGCCUUUGGCUGACCCUUAGCUUUGAAAGUAUAAAACAAGUUUGAUAUUUUUAUGCUCAGUUUUAAAUUGUAUGCAUACAAUGAUAGAAGUUUUUGAAAAAAAUUGUUCCUUUAUUAAUAAAUACAAAAGGGCAGUCCAGCAUGCCGGUGUGCAAAUGCAUGAUCAUGGGGCCUUUUAAUGUUUUUGUUUCACUUGUGCCAUUUUUUAGUUAAAAAGUGUAUUAAUCAGUUUCACAUUCAUUUUAUGUAACCUAUAAUCAGCAGUUCUAAAUGUAGCGUUAUUGUAUGUUUAAUUGUCAUUCAGGAAUCUGUAAGCUGAAAUUUGUAUAGUUGUUGCUCCUGUUAGUCAAUUAGUUUUCAAAUUAAGUUCCCUAUGCCCAAUCUUAGUUGCUCUCGGUACAAGCCAAUGAUGCUCCUUUUAUGCACCAUUACCACUUGACCAUGCUACAUGAUCUCAAGACAAUCCAUUGGCAUUCUUUGGAUUCAGUAAAUUUUGACUAGAGUCUUAAAUUAUCAUUUUUGUGUUUUGAAGUAACUUUUUAAAAAAAAAAGGAAAUAGUGCUAUAGCUCGUUUUAUCUGAAAACUAAAGAAUGCUCAAAUGCUAAGUACUAUCUAAUUUUUUCUGUAUAGUGGUCCUCAAUUUUUUUUCUUGCCAUUUAUUGUAAUAAAACUGUUGCUUGCAGUGAUAAUUUCUAUGAUUGGGAAUUUGGUAAUAAUACAAAAUUUGAUUGGUUAUAUUUGUAAUUCCGUCCUCAAAAUAACUGAAUAAAACUUUCUUGCCAUUGAUUAGACAGAUCUCAAGUGAUUUAAAAAAUGAAUCUGUGAUAAAAUAUAGAACAAAUUUACCACUUUUAAGUAAAUUUUAAGAAACCUAUAGUGUCGAGUCAUGUCAUAAAUUUUAUAGCUGAAGCAAUUAAGUUGACAUGCACAUGUACAUCAGUAGUCUUGAAUACUAUUGUUGAUGUAACACCUAAAAAUCCUUUUGGAAUAUUUAAAUUUAUGAAGGUGAAGCUCAGCUGAUAAAUUGAAAGAAGAUAUUUCUGAAAUGAUUCAUAUAUGUUCCUGGGUUAUUUUUAAAAAAAAUAAUUUUUUAGUGUUAAAUCUCUGCAAUAUUUUUUAAAAAUAGAUUAUUUGAAUCCUUGUUAUGACCCUUUGAUUUAAUUGGGAAUUACUGAUUAGACACAUUAAGAGAAUUCAUAUUUGUACAUAAAUUUAGUAGGAUUUUUCAGUCAUAUUAUUACUUUAAGAUUUAUAUUACUCAAAUUUAAUUUGUUUUUUGUACAUUUAUAAAUAAACACAACUUAAUUCUAACUCAUAUUAUAAAUGGUAGUGCUCUUGAUUUGUGCUAUAUUCAUUUCUGCACUUCUGCAUUAUGAGUGAAUCAUAAUGUAGUUGAAAGCAAUUUUAGGGUCAAAGUCGCUGAAGAAAAUCAUAUUCUUGUAAACAUUAUAGCUUAGGACUAUUUUGCUUGACUACAUAUCAUUUUGUUAGUUUUUUUAUAUAGGAUUGUCGAAAUUAAGAGAGUUAUUUGGAAUUUUUGUAGGCAUUCAUCCCCAUGCACAACAGUUCAGUAGUUUCCUUCAAGAAGGUCAAAGAAUCUCCAGUGCACCUGUUCAUGGUUCCUCUCAUAAUAAUCAGCUGAGUGGGUCUCCAAGGUGGGUAGACAAUAUGGUCUAUUAGAGAAUAGAAGCCUUUAAUGAAUAAAUUUAUUCAUAAAAGACUAUAAUUUUUUUUUUUAAAGAACUUAAAAUCAUUUACCAUAAUUAAUGUCUACACUGUAAUAAAGAAAAUGUGAGUCAAACAUUUUAUAGUUAUUUAAUUUCUUUCAGACAUGGUCAUGCUCAGUCCCCUAGAUAUCCACCUAAUGUAUAUGCCUCACCAAGCAACAGUCCAUAUCUUGCUGCAAGUGCUGGAAUGGGUCAUCAGAGCAACUCUGGAAUUUCAACUAGUUAUCAGCCUAAUGCAGGUAAUUUACUAUUGUGAAAAAUGAAAAAUCUGUGCAGAUAAUUUAAACUGAAGUAAUUGUUGAAUAUUUUUAAAAAAAUGUUUAUUAAAUAUGCCUCAUGCUGGUAUUUGUUUCAUUUACAUAUAAAAAUGCACAAAGUUUGGAAAUAGCACUAUUAUUGUUAUUAAUUUUUAAAAAAUUAUUUAAGAAGAAAAAAAUUGUCUCAGUGUCACAUAAAUUUUAAAUGCUGUUUCAUUUGACCUAGCUACUAAUACCAGACCUGUUUACUCUAACAAUUUUGGCGUACAAUGUACGAAUUUGAGGAGUAACAUUAUUAUACUGUAUGUUUAUUUUUUUUACUAUUAAGAUAAUUUAUUGAACGAUUUUUGUGAUGAUAUUGUGCGAUUUUUAGAGUUUGAGGGUCUGUAAUACUAUGCAUGACAGCUGAAAUAUUUUUGCAGAUUAUUAGAUGUUUUCAUCAUCUUUUGAUACAAAUUUACAAGUUAGUCAAGGCUUCGCCAUAUUAUACUUGGGAUAAUUUUUAAAUAACACAAACAUUAUUUUUAAUCUUGAUAAUCAAAUGUAUUUUCUUUGUGUGUUUUUAAUAAAGCAACAAAAGCAAAAGAAUCAUUUUUAUUUUAAAAAAAGAUUGCUUCUGAUUGAUGUAUGUCUCUGCAUUGCUAGUAUAUUUGAAGGGUGCAACCAACUGGUCUUAAGGAGGAUGUAAUAAAUACUCUUGUCUAAAAUAAUUUUUAAUUUUUAUUUUAGUUGCCAGUCCAGCUCAGGCAACAGCUGCAGAGAGAGUUCUACAACAUCCUUUUACGAAUCAAGCCUCUCCAGUCCUUUCCCAAAAUUCUACAGAUCCCCUUUCUCGCCAUAAUAGGCGCACUCGGAAUCCUCCUAGUAUUGAUCUACAGUAUCCACAUGGCUUGAAACCUCAGGAACCUGUACAAAAAUUAAUGGAUGUAUUGCCAAACAGGACUAAUGUUCAUUCAGUUCCUGUUCUUCCUGAGCCUGUGAUUGUUUUGAAUGAUAUUGGUGACCAAAUUAACACUAAUAUUAGUAGACUGCCUUUACCCCCACAUCUUGCAAGUCCAUCAGUUAAGAAUGCAGAUCCCCCUUAUCAAAAAUCAAAAAUGGAAACUAAGAAGAAAAAUGAACCUGUUGUAAUGUUGGAAAUGUUAGACCCCUCGGUAAGUCAUUAAAAAAAAAAAAGAGGAUAUAUUGAAUACUAUAGAAUGGUGUUUAUUUUGAUAAGUUUGAAUUAGAUGAAUUAUUAGAUGUUAAGACAAAUAAUGAUCCGUUCACUAUAAUCAGUGAUCCCCAAAUGGCGGUCCGUGGACCUUCACCGGUCCAAAUACGUAGCACUGCCGGUCCCUCCCUUAUCAAAAAUCAAAAAUGGAAACUAAGAAGAAAAAUGAACCUGUUGUAAUGUUGGAAAUGUUAGACCCCUCGGUAAGUCAUUAAAAAAAAAAAAAGAGGAUAUAUUGAAUACUAUAGAAUGGUGUUUAUUUUGAUAAGUUUGAAUUAGAUGAAUUAUUAGAUGUUAAGACAAAUAAUGAUCCGUUCACUAUAAAUCAGUGAUCCCCAAAUGGCGGUCCGUGGACCUUCACCGGUCCACAUACGUAGCACUGCCGGUCCCCAUAAGAUAAAUAUUUAUUGUCAAAUAGAAAUAAAUGUAUUAAAAUAAAUCAUGCACCGGUCUCUGGUAAAAUUUCAAAACUUGUUCACCGGUCCGCCAAACUUAAAAGUUUGGGAACCACUGCUAUUAGAGAUUUACCGAAAAUUGAAUACCAAUGAAUGGACCUGUAAGUCAUUUUCAGAGUAUUGACACACACACACACAAACCCCCACCACAUUUUUGUAUUGUAUAUUCUAUAAAGCAUUUAUAUUUCAAAUUUCUAAAUUUUUCCUCAGACAUUGAAAACAAUCCAGAAAGGAGGAUCUGGUAUGUUUUUAAAAUAUUCUUACAUAUUGGGUAAUACUUAAAUAAAAAAAUUGUGAUUUGAAAAAAAAUAAUUUUUAAAGUGUAGUUAAAAGUUGUUUGCGUCCCACAAAAACAGUAAAUCAAAAAUGUUAUUUUUAAUGUGGUUAACUGAUCGUAAAGUUUUAAUGUAAAGUGAGCUAUCUUUUAUAUAAAUUAUAGAACAUCUUAAGUAUAUGCUCUAAAUUAUUUCUAGUUAAAACUGACUGUGAUAGUGACUCUCGCAAGCGAAAGAGAGAAGAGACAAAUUACAACAUAUCUAGGGCUGCUGGACCUGGAGAUAUGUCCUUUCAAGCUUCUAGAAAUAGACGUUCAGAUGAUACUUACAAAAAUAGGGCAGGUAAAGGAACUUUUUGAUUCAGCAUAAUUUGAAUUUCCUUACAGUUCUUUAGAAAUUUAAAAAAAAUAAUUAUUGAUGUAUUUUUGUCUCUGGUGUCUUUCUUUCUGACUUAUCAAAGGUUUUAAAAUAACUUUAUUUAAUUUAUCCAGCAAAGCGUAGGCGAAACUCUGUGGAAAGCGAUGAUGCAUCUUCACUUUCUGAGUUUGUUGAAUUGGAAGAAGAUGAAGAGGCUUAUAGUAAGUUUCUCCUUAUUAAUUAUUAUUCAGUUUAUAAAUUAGAGAAAAAUGGUGUGUUUUUUUUCCUCUUUUAAGUUGAUUUUUAAAUAACAAAAAUUUUUUAGACUGCCAAAAAAAAUAAUUUAAAAUAUGUCUAGCUUGGGUUCCCAAAAGUUUGAAAAACUAAACUUUUAAAAAUGAGUGGAUACAGAAAAAAUGGAAAUUUUGUUAAGAUUACUAUGUAUGAGACCUUGAAUGAUAUUCAUUUUCAUUAGCAUCCUAAAAAAAUAGAUUUUUUUUGUUUUCAGAUGCAAGAAUGAAAAAAAAAGAAAAGCAGAAUAAGAAACGUCUACUUCAACCAGUUGUCAGCUUAGAAGAUCUCAUGGAUAGCCAUAUUUUCAAAAAGUUCAAUAGCUGUACAGACCUUGUCUUUGACUGUGCCGAAGAUGCAAACUUUGCAAGCUUAGACAAAGGUUUGCAAAUAUUAUUAGCAUAUUUAACAUGGUAUGACUUAGUCAUUUGUAUAUUUAGCAUUUCUGAUACAAACAAAUCUUAAUUAGCACGUUUCAAAAUUAAUAUUUAAAUUUUUUUAAAAUAUUAUCUUCAAUUUUCUUUAAAAUCUUAAGAUCAGUAUUCUGUUAAUUAAAUAUCUCACCUGAAAUAGCUCUGUUUCAACAAUUCUAUUUAUUAACUCGUUUAGUUUUGAGUGGGCAAAGUGGGCUGUCACCAUAUAUUUGUGGUAUAUUUAAAAAGAUAAUUAAAAAAAAUAAUUUUUUUCUCAUGUGAAUCUAAUUUUAAUAAUUUCACACCGUACCAUUACGAAGUGGAAAAAACUCAUGUUAUAAAAGUUGUUAAAUUUAUUUAAAUAAAAUUCUUUAUCGUCUGAAAUGAACAAUAGCUAAAAAUUCUAUGGCAAAUAAUUUUUUUUUUAAAGCGAUUUUUGUUUAUUCUUUAUAUUUUUUUAUUGUGGAACACAUAAUUAAAUUUUGAUAAAACUGCAACAUACAAAAUAUAUUUUUUAUUUAAAUUUUGUUUAAUUCUUAAGUAAAUAUAACUGCAUUUUAAUGGCAAUAUUAUUACUUCAAACCAGAAUUAAGUUUUUAAAAAUAUUUUAACAAACCAGUAAUCCUUGAACUUGCACUAGCUAAAGUAAAAAGGGAUUUAGUAAAUUCUUGCUGAAUUUGAUUAUCUGUCCCAGUGCUUUGCCCUCUUAUCUGAUUAAUAUAAUCCCUAUAUAUUUCAUAUCUUUGUUAAAACUCUACUAAUUUAUAUCGUGCUUAAAUAAAUAUUAAAUAUAUAUUCAAACGGUGGUGAAACACUGGGUCAAUGGGAGCUGCUUGCCAAAAUUUCAUAUUGUUUUAAGAGGACAACACCAUAUUUUUUAGGGACAAAAAUUUCAUAUAAUCAUUCAAUUUUAUUUACCUUUAAUUAUAGGUAGUUUUUCAGCGCAUAAAAGCUUUCUCUUUAUUUUAAAACAAACAAAUGGUUCAUAUUGAAGUUUCAGUGAAAAAUUAGAGAAUAUUGCAGAAAUACUAAAUUUUUGUCAUAUUUGGAGCAGCUAAAUUAAGACCAAGGGCUAAAUUAUCCCAACCCUCAUCUAGCCAAAGGUCUGUGGUUUUAAAGUCAACCAAUUAUAUUGUAUUUUUUCAUCAAAAUCAUUUAAAAAAAUGUUUUGUUUAAAUAACAGAAAGUGAUGAUGUAGAGUGUCCACCAGAAUCUCUUAUAUCAAGAAAUGUACUAACAGAUUUAUGUGGAGAAGCAGCCAAACUUAAAGCAAUGAAUGCUCUCAGUCAGGUGAACAAAUUAAUCACUCUUUAAAUACUGUUUUGUUUUUCUAUAGCAAAAGUAGAGCUUGCGAACAUGAAUUAUUUUAUAUUAUGGAAUUGGGUGUUUAAUUUAGCCAGAAUCAAAUAUUAGGUAACUGCUGUUAUUUUUUACUAAUCUGAUACACCAUCAGCAAUAUUAUUAUGGUUGCUUUUAUAAGUAAGUUAUUUUCAGAAUUUUGUUCUCUGAACUUUUCCCCCAGAAUUGUAAAAAAUACAGCAGACUUGUUUACUCUUACGCUUAUACAAAAUGUGAUUUUGGGAUUCUUUUAUGAUCCUAAGCAGAGACUCCUCACAACUAUAAUUUUUAGAGACCUGGUUGAAAAAUAUUCUGGAAUUUUUUCAGAUUAAAAGAAACAAAUGAUAACAUUUUUUUGUUUUAGCCCUUUCUAUAAAAACCUGCCAGUGAAUAUAUAGAGAAAAAGAUUGGUAGUAAUUUUUAAAAUAUUGGGACCAUCCCUUAUUAUAUUACGUACACAAUGAGAGGGUUGGUGGGGGUUGUUGAUUUUGGAGAUUUGGUGUAAGGGGCACAUGGGUAAGAGGUUAGGUGCAAGUGUCAAAGGCUAUAAUAAUAUCACAGCAACGUUUCAUAAUGAUAGUCAUGAUUGUUUGUCAUAUUGUUCAUUGUUUGUCACAAUGAACUAGCUAGAUGCGGCAACAGUAAUAUUUAGCCUAGUGGCCCUAGCGACAACUUUAUUAGAUCAUCUGCCUUUGACUGCUACCAUGCAUGUGACAUAGUCUAUUUCAUUCGUCUGACCUGUGACGAUUGUGAAAACGAAGAAAACUAUGGAUGAUUAUUUUUUUUUAUUUAAAAAAAUGCAAUUUUAACUGUUCUGCACCGGUAGGUUAAAUUUUGAAAUAUUUUAUAUCUAUCUCCUCUAUGAUUUUAAUACUACAACAGUUUGGUGAUGCCAUUCUAUUAAUGCAUGCACAACUGUUCCACACAGCAACAUUAGAUAUCGACAUAUUUUAUAGGAUCCGUGAGGGGCUUUGAAAUCUGUUUUUAGAACGCACAAAACUGCUAUACAAUUUUUAAUACCACCAUUUGGUUCCAACACUCCUUUUCCUUUCACCCAUUUACAGCUUGUAGUUAUCAGACUAGAAUAAUAUAUAUUUGUUUACUCUUACCAUUUUGGAGUACAAUGUGCGAUUCUGAAAUGUCUUUUACGAUUUUAUGCAGAGCCCUGUCAGAAUUACGAUUUAAGUGACCCGGUUAACCCCACACCAAUGAUGAGGGGGGAGGUUGGUUGCCGAACAAAAUAAUAAUGUCACCACCACAGAAAAACUAAAGUGUGUUGUCACUAGGCUAUAUAUUACUACAACUAUAUGUAGCGAGCUAUUUAUGAAAACACAAAGUAUGCUGCUAACUACGAAACAAUGUGAUAUUUUAUCGGCUUAGUAAGAAAUAAUGAAUUUAACAAAAGUUUAGGGGUGACAGUUGGCUCCAUAGAAGACUAUCAGGAUAAUUAUUGUAGAAUUUAUGCAUGUAUGUAUGUACAUUCUGUUGACUCCCACCCCACGCUGCCAUAAGCAUCUUCAGUGCUUAUGUAAUGUAUACACUACGCCUUACGUUGACAGGGUAUGGGACUGACAGGGUAUGAAAAUAUGUUGAUUUUUGCUUACGUUAUAUAUGGAUGUCCCAUUGUCCAAUCCACUCUGGCAUUCAAAUUUGGGUACUUUGACAGAUGUGCACAUUGCAUGGAUGAUUUAAUGUUAUCACUGGCAUCGAAUUAGCACUCCUUUUUCUAGACUAUAUAUUUUUUGAAAAUGCAUUCUCAACUGCUCCACAAAGCAGCAUUAGAUUUUGACAUAUUCUAUAAGAUCUAGUAAGAUGCAUUUGAUAUCAGUUUAAGUAGUCACUAAGCAACUAUUAGUGUACAAUGUACGAUUUUGAGGUGUAUGCAUUAUAUAUGUUACUGGCAAUGUGUGAAAUCCGGCAUUAUAUAGAAUGUCUAGGUAUUCUAUAUAAUGCCUGAAAAUUGUAGGCAAAGUAUGAAAUGGUUUAUAUUUCACACAUUUCCUAGGCAUUCUAUAUAAUGCCUAAGAGCGACCCGGCAAUGUCUAGAAUACCCCGCCAUUCAUAUUUGAUUCUUUGCUUGGUGGUGGCGUGACGAUCGCGACACGUAUGCUUUGUACUCCCGCCAAAGAUGCUACUCCUAUUGUUUCAAGACGGCUGCCGAGAUGUGGGAAGAUCAGGUUGUAGCUUCAGAUCAGGAAUCACGGUAUGUUUACAUGCAACGGCGGUUCUACGAUGAACUUUCUCAAUGUCGAGCCAAUACUGCUAAAAACUGCGUGUCUCUAACGGAAACUAGUUACCAAAAAUUGGUGGAUGAUGUGAAAAUGGCUCGGAUGACAACUCAAAAGAAACCAAGAGACUAUUUGCUGCUGAAACGCUAUGAUGUAAUGGCGGUAGAGAACAAAAGUAAGUUGAUCUAUCCUGUUAAAGAAGGCGACAGUGCUAUUCAGUUCUAUGUCACGGAUUCAGAAUUAUUUGACGUACUUCACGAGGCUCAUCUGACCGUGGGACAUGGAGGAAGGGACAGAAUGUUGAAAGAACUUUCACACAAGUAUAAGAACAUUACACGUAAUGAUAUUGAACUUUACCUCCACCUUUGUGAGCCGUGCCAAAAGAAACAAAAAGGUGUCACAAAGGGUGUUGUGGUGAAGCCUAUGAUUUUUUCUGAAUUCAACUCCCGUGGUCAGGUCAAUUAAUUCUUAUGUUUAUAAAUUUUAUUUUAUGCUGAUCAGACUUGUCAUUGUAUACAUCAUAUAAACAAUACCUUUAUUUAUUUACUUUUACAAUUCCAUAUUGUAUACAAUUUUAGAGACGAUAUUGUACGAUUUUAGGAGUUCCAAGGUGAACAAGCCUGAUAAACUUUAAAAAGCACCCUUUCAAAGAAAUUGCUCAAAGUUUCAGGAUUUUACAGCUAGUGCCAAAACCAAAACUGUCACCAGUAAAAUGAAAUCAUAGAGUAAACAACUAUUGAAGUUUCAAAUGUGCCACAACCAAUUUUGCAUAUCCAUUUUUCAAGCAUUGGGCUGUGUCAUUAUUUGUUCACAAUGCCAAAAAGACAUUGCUAACAAUUAAAAAAAAGAAAAAUAAACUUAUAAAACAAAAAAACAACAGAAUUUGAGACCGUUGUUUUAUAGAGGUGUAAACAUCUCUCAUUAAAUAUAUUCAAGUAAACAACUAUUUAUUAAAGGAAACAUUAAUUUUUCAAAUACUCAUAAGCUAUGUUUAUUUUAGAUGUCAAUUGAUAUAAAUUGCACUUAUUUUGUACAUUAUUAUUUAUUCAAGACAGAUUUCCCUAGUAUCAGAUUUGGAAUGGUCAAUAAUACACUUGAAUUGUUACUUUUAAUAUUUAAAAUUUUUAAAUUUUUUGUAGUUUACAGUACUCUAAAUUAAUUUAAUUAUAUCCAGUUGUUAGUUUGUCCUUGUGUACUUCAUCUGCGCUACCUAAGUGUGAAUAUCUCAGUUAAAGAAUGUUUUGUACAUUUACCUUCUGAAUCUAGGUUCCACCAGAGCGCCUUGUUAAACUGCUGACCAUUUUGCUGUGGAAUGUGCGUGAUGGAUGUAAAGUUACACCCAAUAUUAAUCAGGUAUUUAAUCACUGUUGCAAAAUAAAAUUAUAUUAAGUAUCUUAUAACUAUUGAAUGAUUUGGCAACUUUUUAAAUGUUAACCCAUUCAUCCCUGUAACAGCCAAAUCGGCUGGUACCGAUUCAACCCUCUAACAGCCAAAUCUGGCCACUCAACACUUUGCUAUACAUGUUGCUAUAAAGAAAACUGAAAUUUGCCAUUUAAAUGAAAAUCUUGCAAGAAUCAAGACCAAAGGAGAUUACUGCCCUUUAUAUAAAAUUAUUUUUAUGGAUUGUGUGAGAAGUAUUCAUUAUUUUAAAUAAGCACAUUUUUUAUUUCAUUGUUAUGAUCAUUAGUAGUCAAGUAAUUCCUCAUAAAUGUACUUUUGAGAAUUAGCACAACAAAAGCAUCAGGAAAUGAUAUACAACACACACACAGCAAACAAUUAUGAAUGAAAAUCAAUUUAUUUCAGAUAAAAUCACUGUUAAAUGGAUACAUUUUGUUUUUUCCUUAACCUACCUACACAAAAGGUAGAGUUGUUCCGCUUUGCCAGGGUUUCAAAUGAUAAAAUUUCCGAGCAACCAGAAUUGAAUGGGUUAAUUAUUUAAUUUUUCAUUCCUAAGGCAACAGAUAUACAUAUUUUAAAUAACCCUUAUGCCUAAUGAGUACAAUUUAAAUUAUUUUGUAAAUUUAAUUACAUUUCUUCAAUGAACAGGAAGAAGAUGAGGAGGAAUCAAAGUUAUGGCGAGAAUUAACUAUGGAUCGAGUGAUGCGCAGCAUGGAUGCCUCUCUUACUGCUUUGGCUAUUAUGACAGGCCGAAAUAUGCCAAAACAAGUGUAUUUGGAAGAUGUUAUAGAAAGAAUAAUUCUUUAUGCUAAAUUUCAACUUCACAAUACUAUCUAUCCUGAGUUUGAUCCAGUAUACAAAAUUGAUCCUAAAGCAAAAGGUUUGUAUACAAAAAAUCUGAUUUUAAUUUUAUAAUCUUAUUUUAAAAAUGCUGUAUUUUAACAAGAUUUGGAAAAAAGAUUUAAUACAAUUUUUGACCAAUCAAUAGACAAGGAUUAUUCAGGGUCAUAAAAAUGAAAUUUUUCAUUUGGUCUUAAUGUAAUCAUGGAAUCAUUUUCUAUCCAUUUUUUGAUAACUUCUUUUAAUAUAAAAAUUAAUAAAUUAAAAUAAAUUAUUUGAAAUCAUUUAUCAAACAAUAAUUAAAUGUUAAUAAUAUUUUGGUAAAAUAAGUCAAAAUAUUUAGAAAUUAACACAUGUGAUAUUUGAUAAAGUAUGUAGUGUUAAAAAUUUGAAUAGUAGAUGAGUCCUUCUGUAUUUGAAAUAUGAUAUGCCAACUGUUUUGCAUCAUCAUCCCAUCUAAGUUUAACCCUUUACGGGGCAUAGGUACUUCCUCUUGCAUGUCCUGAAAGGGCAUCACUUUUCCAUUUUUUAGUAAGAUUACAAAAAAAUCAAAUCUAAGGUGUUAGUCAACAAAUUUGUGUGAAAUAAAAAGCAAAAUAAAGGAAAAUGAAUGCAGAUUUAUUAUUAUACUCAUAUGUUGCCAUUAAUCGUCAUAUGAACACAAAUAUUUGCAAAAUACAACAUAUUGUUUGUGAUUGUGAGUCAUCUAUUCACUAUUGACAAACACUGCCACAAAAUCGAAGUUUGUAAAAUUCAACACUCCUUACUAUGCUGAUUUCACUAAUAUUACUAAUAAUAUUAAUAUCUCCUUUCAAUUUACAGUCAAUUCGUGCACUUAAAUGUCACUUAAAUUGAAUCCAGCGAAAUCUCCGCUACCACUUGAACAAUAGGCAAAUAAUCUGCAAAAUCCAUUUCAAAAAAAAAAAUGUUUAACCCCUAAAACUAAAAAAAAAAAAUUGAUUAAAUACUUGUAACUGGCGCCUACUCUAUUUAGCUAUCGGAAAAACCUGAUGUAAACAAUAGGAAGUCUCACAAAGCCUCGGAGGUCACGAGAAAAAAAACUCUAUGUCGCCACGGACACUUUUGGGCGUUUUGCCCUUUAAGUGGUAAAGACGUUUUCAGCCGCUCUGCCCCGUAAAGGGUUAAGACAAGAAUCAUCAAUUCAGGUUUAUGAUCAUAAUUUGAUGACAUAAAAAUUAUUUUUCUUUCCUUGGUUGGUUCAGAUCAGUAGAAAAAUGUGUUCAAGGUGAUGAAAAUGUCAGUAGAAAUUUUAAAAAUGUUGGUCUCUAUGAAAUAAAACCGGAGUUGAGUUUUCUUUGUUGCCAUUUAGAAAUGUAAUAUUACUAUUAGUAAAUAAAGAGCUUUGUUAUAAAAUGUUCAAUUAUUUAUGUUUUUUUUGGGAUUAUUGAAAUUAUCAUUCAAAUUUAAUUGCUCAUGCUUUGAGUGUUAAGUGAGAAAACUAAUAUUUUAGCUGUAUCAUUAAUUGGUUUCAUUCCUUCCUUUUGUAGGAUAUUAUGUCAUUGAUAGAAUUCUUUUGUUUGUUGAGAUUGUAGAUUUAUCAAUUAUGUCAUUGGUGUGUUUACUAAUUCACUUUUUUCUUUAUCUCCUUCUAAAAAAUUUAUGAUAAAAGAUUUCAGUAUCUUAAAACAUUAAAUAAUUUAUUUUUAAAAAAAUUAAAUUAUUAGUGUUUUUUUUUUUUUUCAAUAACAAUAAAAUUUAUAAUCUGCCUAUUGCUUAAUUUUUAUUACUUUUAAUAGAAAAUUUCCUUUUUCUAUUCACAUCAUCAGAUCUAUUUAUGUUAUGUUUUCAAAUAAGAUCAUACAUGUCUCUUUAGAUGGAUAUCACGGUAGUCUUAAGGCUAAAAGGGCAAGAGCUGGAUCUGUAAAACAUAAGUCAACCAUAACUUUGUAUAACAAGAUGUGUGAACUUGUCAAUGCUCUUGCUUCCUUGCUAGAAAUUCAACAGUUGACUGACACAGUUAUUUUACAGGUGUGGUGAAAUUUAUCAUUUUUUGGUUUCCACUCUUUGUGUUUGCAACUUAAAAAUAUUUUUAAAUGUAAUUUUGUUGGUAAUAUACAUAAUAUAUUUUAAAAAUUUAAUUACAAGUAUUGUUUGUUUUUAAUGACUAAAACUUUUAAAAAAAUGGGCAUAAAUUUACUGCAAUAUCAUGAACCUGUAAUAUAAUUAUUCAUAAAGAAAGAGAGAAAACAACUAAUAAGUAAUAAUUCUUUUUCUUUCUAAAUCUAAGGUUUCAUCACUUGGUGUAUCAACUUUUUUUGUGGAAAACAUCAGUGAACUACAACUAAAUUCAAUGAAACUAGUUACAACGGUAUGUCAUUUUUCAAAAAGUAUUUUUGCACAACAACUUUGUUAAAUUUAUUUUAAUUGUGACCAAAUCAGAUGGAUACAAAGGUUUCUCACUAAAAAGGAUAUUGGUAAGGCUCUAUUACUUGAAUUGUUAUUAAAAAUAAAUUAACAUAUUAUGCUUUUCACAGACCUGUUAACUCUUAUGAUUUUGGCGUACAAUGUACGAUUUUAAGGUGUCUACAUUAUAUAUACUGUGUGUUUUUUUAAAAUUACUAUUAACCCUUUACAGUCCGAUGCGCCCGAAAUGCGCCCAAAAUGCGCCGAUUUUUUCCUUAAGCCUACAGUCCGAUGCGGCCGAACCCGCCCGUUUCGAGGUGUUUACUUUCGUUCUUAGCACAGCGGAAAUCCAUUGCGCAUUACUAUUUAUAGUUCUACCGGAAGAAAGCCUCGUUGUCGGCAUUUAUUUCGAUACUAGUUUGACCGCGGUGUGUUUAGGGGCUGAUUUUCUAAGAUUUUUUUAAAAGUCGCGAUUUUUUCGCUGUAAAAAAUGGCUAUUUAAGCCUUGGAUACGCUUUUGAAAGAACUUAGGCCUAAUGAAGCUUCACUAUUUCAUGAGUGGGAGGGUCUCUGAAACUAUUUUUAGGUUUAACUUUUGCUUUAAUCAUUUCUUUGUAUUUAGGUAGUUUUUAUUUUAUUUUGUUGCUUCUAGUUUAUUUUCUGUAAAUUAAUUAGAUAAAGAACCUUCAUUUAAAAUGGAGUUAUGUCCCUUUGCUUGGGCGUUGGGAGUAGACAAGGCUGAAUAGGUUUGGACUGUAAAGGGUUAAGAUAACGUAUUGAACGAUUUGUGAUGAUAUUGUAUGAUAUUUAGAGUUAGAGGGUAAACCGGUCUGUUUUUAUAAAACAUUUUUUUCGUCUUCAAUUUUAUUCAGCCCUUUCUCCCUUCUUUUAAUUGAUUAUUUAUUAUCGAAACUGGAUAAACAUUCAUAAAUGAGAUCAAAUGUUAAACUAUGAUGAAAAUGUAAAAAGUAGAAAUCUGAAUCUGACAAACCAGUUCAAUUUCUACGUUGAUAGUUAAUAGAAGAGAAAUAUCCUGGCAAAAUAUGACAUGCAAUGUCUUUUAGGUAUUAAUGUCUCUGAUAACAUCUGUAGCUAGCUAAUAAUUAUACAUUUUCACCAUAGUUUAACAGUUGAUCACAGCUUAUUAAAGACAAAGAACCCCUAGUGUAGAAAAAUAUUUUAUAUUUCAUAUAAUGAGGUUUCUUUUAAUUAAAUUUAAAAAAAAAAUUCUUAAUAUUUUGUGAAACAGGUGUUUUCUCGGUACUCAAAGCAUAGGCAGCUCAUUUUAGAAGAUAUCUUUGCAAGUUUAGCUAGACUUCCAUCAAGCAAAAGGAAUCUGAGAAACUACAGGUAAUGCCCUACUUUGAUAUGAGUAGGUAUUUUUGGUGGUAAAAUUGCUUUCAAUAUAAUUUUAUUAAUCAGGUAUAAAGUACUAAAAUGUAUUGACUAAUUUGGCAGACCUGCCAACCCUUCCGAUUUUGUCGGAGUUUUACGGAUUUUUUACCUCUCAUUCCAACCUUCCGACAAACCCUUAAAAUUCUAAUUUUUCGAACAACUUCAUUAUUUAUCACCCGUCAUAAAAAGCCAAAUGCUACCAAAAAUUUUUUAAAAAAUCAUGUACGACAGGAAGUUUUGCAUUUGUUUUUAAGAAGUGCAUACAUUUCCGGCGAGAUAUUCGUCCGGCUAUUACUAUUAUAUAUCCGACUAAGUCACAUGACCACCGUAACAAAGUUGCGCGACAUAUUUGUCCAUCAGCCUUGUCAUGUGGCUGCUAAUUGUCGAUCAGAGUUUAUGGUACUUCAUUUCAACGAAUUCAAGGUAAUCUGGGCAUUGACACGAAAAGAGAAACAUGUUAAAUUCUACAAAAGAAAUACUAGAACCAUUGCUGGUAUAUAUAUAUAAUGAACAAUUGGAUAAAAAGUGACAAUGUUUUUUUAUAACGUGUUCAUCUCCCGCACUAUUUGUCCGGUAGCCUGACGUGUAGACUUAACAAACAUAUAUUUUAACCCAAAAAAAACAUACAACUGCAGCUAAAAGUUAUCCAUGUCUAAUUUCUAAUGAAAAUUAAUACUUUUUCUAACUUGCUUGUAACUAAAAUCAGUUGCAAUGCUAACCUUCAGUUGUCCAAAAUAGCUUGGACAAGUGCAAAAAGGCCAGUAGGGAAGUACUGGAAAACUGAACUCUUAGCCUUAGCAGCCUGUGCACAUAUGUAAAUAAAAUAUACUGUAUACAUCUGUAUUUAAACAUUUCAAGUAAGUCUUUCACAUGUUCUGUGGUGUUCUUUUUCAAAGACAAUUGAGGUAACUUUUUAUUUCUUUAUUUACCAAAAAAGGCUUGUGCAUUAGUAAAUAGAUCUUAAGCCAACUCCCCCCACUGGGCGCCACCCAUUGGGGGGCAGUGGCCCCACUUCCCCUCUGCAUGCACCCCCCCCCCCUACAGAUUUUUUUUGUUGGCAGGUCUGAUAUGGUACUAAAAGGUAUCUACUAAAAUGUUAUGAAUGUAUAGUAUGCUAACAAACCUUAAAAUAGCAGACCUAUGAUCACGGGAUAGGCAAAAUUCAAUUCUGCAUCUCAGAAUUUAAAUAAUGAAACUGUGAUUGCCAAUCCUUACAGAUCAUACUUUCCCAAUUGUCUUCCUUGAUCAUAAUUUACUUCAGAUUAAAUUAUAUGUUACCCUUUGGUUGCUGUCUUUUCAUUCAAAUUAAGAAGGAAUUUGUACAAUUUUUUUAAGCUACUCCUUUUGCAUUCAUUUUCUGUUUUAGGUUGAACUCUGAUGAAUCAAUACAGAUGGUUACUGCUUUAGCUUUGCAGCUUAUUCAGUGUGUAGUUAGGUUGCCUGAUACAAACUCAGAAGAAGAGGGUGGUGAUCAGGAAAAGAAUAAAAAAAACAAAAGCCCAGAAGAGGUAUUUUUUGUAUUCAUUUUCGAAAAGUUUUUGGCUUAAUUUUAUAAAUAAAAUGGAAAAUUUAUGCUUAACUGACACAUUUCUCUAUCUUUCUCCUUACCUCCCCCCUCUCUUUCUCCCCCUCUCUCCCUCCUGCCCCCAUUCAAACACACUGCCCACCCCACCCCCAUCUUACCUUUUAAAAAAAAAAAGUAUUAUAAAUUUAUCUUUUUGUCCAAACGUUAUUGUCUUCUUUUAAUUAUAGGGUGCGAUUUCAAAGAGUGAUAAUGAUGUUUUAAUUGUGACAUCAUAUGAAACAGCAAUGCGAACAGGAUAUAACUUUUUAUCUGUAUUUCUGAAAAAGUAAGUUUUCAAAUCUUUAACUUUAUAUUCUAUUUUGUUUGUCUGUUUUAUAAAAUUUGGAUUAAAACAGACUAGCCACAUGCAAAACUUAAGUUAUUGAGACAAUUUUGGGGUUUUUUUUGUUGUUUUUUUUGCUUCCUAUUAUAUUUUAUUACAGAUAACUGCUGAUUGAUCAAUUGUGCAAAAAAAAAUAAAUUCGUAAGAGCGCUUAAUGAUCUCUGAACAACUUCAUGUCCAUGGCACUUGGGCAUUGUGUGACAAACAAAAUACAAGCUGUAACUCAGCUAUGCAAUGUGAAAAGAAACAUUCUUCCUCUAUGGGGGGGCAAACUUUGUCACAAUUUUUAAAAAGGCAUAUGUCCGAUGUAGAGUUGUUGACCAAUUUAAGGCAAUAUUAAAUUAGGUUUAAGUUUUUAGUGGAAACUAGUGCAUAACAGUGCUUUAAUAUGUACAUGGAUUACUAAGUUCAAAGUAGAAAAUGCAUUCAAGAUUAAGCCUGAAAUAAUAUUACAAAGAAUUUUUUUGUAGAUUCUAGAUGAAAUUAGUAUUCAAAGGAUCUUUAGAAAUAAUAGCCUCUUAUUUUAAGUUACAUAAUUUGGAUGAACUGCAUUUUAGAUUGUCCAAUAUUAGGACAUAAUUAAAAUUUGGUACAUAAUUUAUAUUUUAUAGGUGCACAACAAAGGGAGAAGAGGAUUAUAGACCCCUUUUUGAAAAUUUUGUUCAAGAUUUAUUAACAACUGUGAACAAACCAGAGUGGCCAGCAUCUGAACUACUUUUAAGUCUUCUUGGGAGAAUUCUGGUUAGUAACUAAGGCUUAAUUAAUAAAAUAUGAGGAAAGAUGAAAAGCAGGUCUCUCUCGAUUGUAGACAGUUUUAUAUGCAAAGGAAAACCAAUGUUGUGGAGACUGGCAAUGUAAGGCUCACAGACCGGCGCGGUCAUAAUUUGUGGAAUGCUUUUGUAGAAUAAAUGGUAGAAUCUUGGAAAUCUAUAAUAUCAAUUUCAUUAUUCAAUGUACCCGGAGAAAAUUAUAAGAAUCUCUUUUAAAGUCCGCUUUCUACGGUAAGCUAGGUAGUAUUAUAGUUUUUUCAGCCUGAGAUUGAAUUUAAAUUAUUUAUGCUUAUAGGAAUAUCUAAAUAAUACAUCCAAUAAAUUUCUCUCAUGGUUUUUGUUGCAAAAUUUAAAUAAUGGUGUACUCAAUAAUAGUUGAUAAUUUGAAAAAAUGUUAUUUUCAGGUACAACAAUUUAGUAGCAAGUCUACUGAUAUGUCACUUCGUGUUGCAUCUUUGGAAUAUUUGGGCAUUGUGGCAGCUAGGUUAAGAAAAGAUGCUGUUACUAGUCAGUUAAAUCAAGAUGUUAUUGCUGAUAUAGUGCACAAGGUAGGCCCUGAUUUGAAAUUUAAUGCAAGCAUUCCCAACCUGACGUCCUUGCAGGGGUGCAAGGAAAAGUGAUUAUAAGGGCAGAGUAGGCAUUGGCUUUAAAGUUAUGACAUAAAUGUUUACAUUUAAAAUUUAAAAAAUUUCUGUCUUAAAAUUUUCCCGAUGUAAUAAAUCAUAGUUAAAUUUCCAGGUUGUAAAGUUCUUUUUGCAAUUGGAUAAAUUAGAAGUCCCUUAAUUUUAAAUGGUUAUUUUUUUAUUAGAGAAUGCAAGACUUGGUAAAAAAAAACACACAAAAAAAGAAUUCUUAGUGGGUGUGAGACUAUUCAAGUAAUAUGUAUGUGGUGGGGAGUAUAAAAAGGUUGGGAACCACCGAUGAAAAGAAUAUACCCAUUGUCAAUCUCUUGCCUUAAAUACCACUUUACACCACUAUGAAAUUGUAUUUUUCUGUAUGAAAUCUAAACAGGUUUGAAGUAUAUGACUUUCGAAGACAAAUUAAAAAAGAUCCUUAAAUUAAAAUAAAAAUGUUUCUUUAAUUAAAAUUUGGCUAAAAUUAAAUUCAUUAUUAAACUUACUCAUAUUUAAACUUCAACAUUCAUGGUGGAAAUUUUGGAUUAGGAUUUUUAGUAAAUUAUUUGUUGAUGUAUUUCACUAGGUCAGUGAGGGGGAUGAUGAUGAUCCAGCAGCAACAAAAAGUAAAAAGAAUGAGGUUUGUGUUCCAAAAUCAUUGUAUGCUUUUUUCUUUGUUUUAUUUGAUGAUAAGAUAAUAAAUAUAUUUAGAUUUGCAGAUAGUUUCAUAUAUAUUUCAGAUUUAUAAAAAUAUUUAUGAAAUUAAGCUUAAAAAGUAAAUGAUAUUAUGCUUAGUCUACUUAAGUGGAGGUGCGGGUGAGAAAUUGGCAAAAAUGGCAAAUUUUGAAUAAUUUUUUAUUGUUUCUUUGGUUUUAUUAACCAUUUCUUUAUUAAAUUUUUAUAUUUGUUUUUACAAAAGUAAGUUGGAAAAUAUAAUAAAUUACAAGUUUCCUGAUCCUAUUAAUCAGAAAAAUGUCAAAAUGGCCCAAUUUUUUGUGUUUUUACCCCUUUGUUUUGAGUAUUUGGAAUCGCCCAAUCCCAAUGUAUUUGGUAUGAUUGGAAAGAUGGUGAUUUACGGAUCAAGAUAAAUAUAGCUUAUUGGCAUAAAGAAAAUUACGAAAGUAACCGACCCUUUCGAUUACCGGUAUUGUCUAGUAAAAUUUGGUAUUUUCCUGUCCUACUUCGUGUAUCACGUGAUCUAGCCCUGACCUUUGAAUAAAAUGAGCAUUUUGAUUGGUUCCUGUGUAGGAAAUCUGUAAUAACUACUUCCGGUAUAAACAAACCGUUUCUCAUUUCGUGAGGCCUAGAAUUAUUAAACAUAAUUUAUUGAAACUAAAAACAAUUGAGGAAUUAAAAAAAACUAAACUAGUAAAUAACCAAAAAAAAUUAGUUGUCUUUGAUUAAUUGCCAUGAUAAAGAAGAUUAAUUCUUCUCCUUUUUCGGAGAAGACUAAGUCUGAGUACACUAAACUACUAAGACUAAAGACUCCUACUCCUAGUCCCUUCAAGUUCAAGCAUCGCUACACUACUUUACUAGCAGGAAGAAAAUAGAAAAAUACCAUGCCAAUAUUGAUUGUAAGUCUUAAAUCUAUUUUUCGCUUAGAUUCAAAUUUAAAGGAAGGCUAUACUUAAAAACUUUUUUACUAUUAUUAUUAAACACUGUUAGUUUAGUGAAAGUGAACAGUAGUAAAAAUAACUUUAAAAAAAAUGUAUUAAUUGUGAUACUUGACUUACAUUGUCCAAUAUUUAUAGCUAUUAAAAUGGUAAUAUAUUUAAUUUCUCAUUUUGCUUAUCGUGGCACAAAUGAUAUUGUCAUUAGUGUUAUUUUAUUCUAAGGUAAAAUGAGAGCCCUAACAAAUUUUGCUUGAAAUACUUGUCAACAAGUAUGACCCUUCAGUCAUUAAUGUCCUUAUAGCCUUAUAUUUUUGUUGAGAAGUAUUUAAUAAAAAUAUCUAGUUACAAGUUUAUUGUUUUCAGGAAUGAUUGAGGAGACGUGCAAUGAGUGUGCGGAACACAAACGAACACAACAUGCGUUAUAUUUCCUGUUGAUAAACUACACUGAUCUGUUGUGCCUUAGUCCAUUUAGCCCUUUGGCAAUUUGUACAUUAAAAAGAAGGAGUGCCCUAAGUAUGGGUUCCAGUUGUUACAGAUUCCUCGUCGCAACAUAUGUUUGAUGCAUCAAAAUAAAAGUAUCCUCAGGCAGAGGAUGCAAGAGCAUACUAACAUAGAUUACAUCACAACGCACAUAAUGUGUUAUUCAAGGACAAAAAGAAUAAGACUGUACUUGAAAGGAACAUAUCAAUAAUUCCCUUGUUUCAACAUUGUAUGUCAAUGCGAUGUGAUUUUCAACAUGAUUAAUGUUAAAAUUUGAUACAGUAACUAAUAAGCUUUUACAAUGGAGUUAGUUAUUGUUAUGAGUUUAGUUUUCUGGUUCACACAAAAAACCUGUUAACCCUUUAGGGGGCCGAGGUACUUCCUCUUGCAUCUCCUGAACGGGCACCACUUCUCCGGUUUUUAUUAAGAUUUAGGGGUACGUUAGUAAAAAAAAUCAAAUCUAAGGUGUUAAUCAACAAAUUUUUGUGAAAUAAAAAUCAAAAUAAAGGAAAAUGAAUGCAGAUUUAUAAUUUUACUCACAUGUUGCCAUUAGUCCUCAUAUGAACACAAAUAAUUGCAAAAAAAAACAUUGUUUGUGAUUGUGAGUCAUCUAUUUACUAUUUACAAACGCUGCCACAAAGUCGAAGUUUGUAAAAUUCAACACUGCUGAUUUCACUAAUAUUACUAAUAAUAUUAAUAUCUAAUUCCAAUUUACAGUCAACUUGUGCACUUUAAUGUCACUUAAAUUGAAUUCAGCGAAAUCUCCGCUAUCACUUGAAUAAUCGGCAAAUAAUUGGCAAAAUCCAUUUCGAGAAAAAAAAAUUUUUAAACCCUUAAAACUAAAAAAAUAAAUGGAUAAAAUACUUGUAACUGGCGCCCACUCUAUCCAGCUAUCGGAAAAACCUGAUGUAAACAAUAGGAAGUCUCCCAAAGACUCGGAGGUCACAAAUUUACAACUAUAUGUCAUCACGGAUCCUUUUGGACGUUUUGCCCGUUCAGUACUAAAGACGUUUUCGGCCGCUCUGCCCAGUAAAGGGAUAAUAUGCUUUUGGGAAAAAUAAAUGUUGCAACUCAAGUGAUUAAAAAGUUGUGAGAUAGAAAUCAGAAAAUUUACAACUGUCAAUAUUCAUUCUGUCAUUAGAACUCAAAGAACUUACAAUUUUUUUUAAAAGACCAAGAUUUUCAUUUUCAGUAUACACGGACAAUGCCAAAUAACUCUUUGGAAUCGCAUUUUUUCAUAGCUUAGUUUUAUGAUUUUGCACACUUUUAUAAUGCUAAAAUUCUCCAAGAUAAGGGAAUUAUUAUUUUUUGACAAACACAGAAUAAUAGAUAAAAAUACAUCAAUCGCAGCGAAAAGUUGAGUGGUCAGGAAAAAAGACAAAAGGACCUGGAAAGGGAUAAAAAAUGUCCACAAUAGGCUAAUGAAAAUUUUCAUUCGAAUCUGAAUAUAAAUUUCUUAUUUUCAUUGAUAUUUCCAUUGUUUUUGUCAUUUUUAUUCAUUAUUUCAGGCUUCUUGUUUUCAAUAUUUAUGGUCACCAAUAUCCCUAUAACUUUUUUAUUUACUAUCCAAAUUUUCCUAGUAUGUUCAGUAACCAAUAAUAAACAUUUGAAUAACCUAGAAUUAAGAUAGCUAUCUUAGAAAAGAAAAUGUGUAAAAAAGAAUUCACCCACACCCCUAUUUUUUGCAUAAAAAUUGGGGGCACAAUUCGUGACCCUGUUGAUUUAUAACUGGUCAUUACAUCAAAAAGUCCUGUAACACAAAGUUUUAUUAUAGGUUAAAUAAGCUAUGUUUAAAAUCUUAUGGCAAUAACUUAAUAUUUGUAAAAGCCGUAGUGUUUUAAAAAACACUUAAAAAUAAAAAUUGCGGAGGUUUUUAUGGGUUACAAAGGCAACCAAUGGAAUUUUUUUUUAUUAACUGUUUUGUACCUCCAUUACAAUACCAAAUAAGGUGUAGGUAAAAAAAAAUCCUAUAUGAAGCCAAACAAAAAUGUUAGAUUUUUCACUCACACCUCCCCUUAAAACGGGUUAAAUGUGUUUUUAAAACUUUGACCUCCAACACCUUGUGUGCUUAUGCUUAAUGAGUAUCAUUCAGAUAAUUAUUUUAAAAAAAUAAAAGAUAUCAGUUUAUGCAAAGUAUAAAUUACUAACUUCAAAAUAUAUUUUUCUCUAUGUAUAUCAUUCUACAGCAAAAGGGUGUUACAGAUGUAACAGAGAGACUACAGCAAGCCAUGUUAGAGUAUCUUGCCUAUAAUGCCCAGAGUGAAUCUGCAUUGUUUGUAAGUAAAACACUACUAUUAUUAUUCAUGGUUUGUUUAAUUUCUAUAUUCUGCAAGUAUUUUAGAGAGGCCUAAUAAAUGGUUUUGAUUGUGUCAUUAAUAUAGGGCGAAUUUUGUUUUUCAGUUUGCUCGUGAGUUUUAUAUUGCUCAGUGGUUCAGAGAUACAACAGUUGAGGCAGAAAAGACACUUAAAGCACACCUCAAUACCUCAGGUGAAGAGCAGGAUGAAGAUUUCAAUGAAACAAAAGAGGAGACUUCAACUGAAGUUAUGCAAAAUGCAGAGAAACGCAAAGCAUUCCUGAGCUCUCAAAUCUCUUGUUACAACAAACCACUUACAAAUUUGAAGUAUGUACAUUUUAAAAAUUAAUUUAGGUAUAGUAUAAAAAAAAGUAUUAUUUUGUUAUAAGUACCUUAUACUAUCUCAUACAAGAUGAUUCACUUGCAAAGCGAACCUAGUUUUUUUAUUUAAAAAAUCCUAAAAUGCCAUCUUCACUUAAAAAUGCGAUAUGUUCAUCUUCUGCUAUAAAAUUAUAAAUAAUGUGAAUUAACAAAAUAUUUGUAAAAUAAAAAUGUCUAAAUCUUUAAAAUUAUUAUUUAUUGUAUUUAAAAUGAAUUGCGGUUACACCAAAUCUUUAAAAUUAUUAUUUAUUGUAUUUAAAAUGAAUUGCGGUUACACCAAUAAGGGGGUGCUACUCAAAUUACAUACGGUACAGAGUUCGUUCAAUCCCCGAAUGUGAGUGUAUCAAGAAGAUAUGUUUGCGAAGCCAUUCUUAUAAUAUUUUAUAAAUGAAAAAUUGUUUGCAUGUACAUUUAAUGCAAACCCUUAACUUAAAGUAGCAUAUUUUACCAUAAAUUUCUCGCAAUAUAUUCUAUAAAAUAUAAUAGUUUAUUAUUGUAGUUAAUAAAUUCGCUCGGUCUUUGAAAGUUUGGGGAAAAUAUAUUUUAAAAUUUCCACGGCCCAGAAAGUUUGGGAAAAUUGACAAAAAACAUCAGGGUCUUUGAAAGUUUGGGGAAAAUUUUUAAAAAAUUUUAAAAUUCAGAAGAAAAACAUUUGAUUUCUCUAUUUCACUGAUAUGUGCUGUGUUGAUUUCUUAAUGAUCCAUAACCCUAGUGGCCAAAUCUGUAACAGCUGUAUGUUACAAACUAUGAUGUGUUUUAAUUAAUUAUGUUCUGACCCAAUUGUUAAAAGUAUUGGGUUUGAAAUGUUUAUGUUUGUAUAAACAAACAAAGGUCCCUUUCCUCUACGUAAGAUUAGUACUGCUAUUAUGGUUAUGUCUAGGGUACGAUUAAUUUCCUGAUUGAAGUAUUCUACACUAAUCCUACUUCACACUCACUCUUUCAUUCAAGGAAACUCUCACUUGCAAGUCUAGUAAUACUUUAACUAUACUAAUAAAACAAGAGUGGUUCAGCCCACAAAUAAAUAUUUAAUUAUAAGAAAACAGAACUAUCAGCAUACAAAUUACAUAUACUAUACACAUAAACAGGAUAACAAGAUACUGCCCAAUAUUAUUGCAUAGUAGGCUCUCAAUGGCGAUCUGGUCAAAUAAGUAAGUCCCACACACACACACCACAGCAGCCCUCUGCUCGGGUCACAACGUACUGCGGGGUUGGGCGGCUUGACUGCGUAAGUGUCUCCGGUCACUGGCACUGCGAGGAGGUAGGUGCCGACUUUGAAGUUUACUGUGGGUUACACACACACAGUAUAUGCUACCGUCUUGUUUGAUUCCGUGGGCUUCCCUCGUGCUAAUAACGGCGUCUCCUUUACUGAACUGUACUACUUUAGUUCCAGAUAUUAUUUAUUGAACUAUUACAACUCUGACCAAAUGUUAUUUACUUUACAAAUACUUUCUGGUCAAAUAGUCUUUACUGGCCAAAUGUUACUUACUGUAACUUACUUCAUGUAAUAUACUUCAUGUAAUUUACUUUACUUUACUUCAGGUAAUUUUACUAUUACUGGGUGUAAUUUACUUUACUGGGUGUAAUUUACUUCACUUUACUGUAAUUUACUGGCUAGAAAUGAGAAUAAUAAAUACAAUGCAUAAGACAUAGCUAAGAAUUACAAAUCACAUCACAUUAUAAAUUAUUAGUAGUUAUCAUAAUCAAAAAUUAACAAUAGUAACUAUAGUCCUACCAUUUUCUUAAUAACAUUACAUCUACGACUCUACAUACCAGUACACAUGAAUAUGAAAUUGAACAAUACUAACCCACCACAAUCAGGAUAAACACACUUUAUCAGCUAAUUAUGCCAGCCAGGCUCUUCUGACAUAAUUCAGGUAAGAGAGGCCGAUACAUGAUUUGGGCUUUCAAUAUAUACUCUAAGUUUGGCGUGCUUGUCCCGCAUUUAAGCGUGGCAUCCCAGAGUCGUGUUUAAAUGACUCACAAGCGUGGCUUGGGAUUCCGUUACUUUUUAAGCGUUGUUCAUCAGAGUGACAACUCAGAGUUGGGACGCUUGACAAGAAUGAGUGUAUUGCUUAAACUGGGUCAUGGCCAAAGUGAAUAAGUUAAUUUCCAUUGUUAUUUGAGUCUACUUUUAUUGUUUUAAGGCCCAGCCUAAUUGUGUCAUAUCGCGUGGGGUAGCGAUGAACGCAUGGGGAAGCGAUGGAGAGAGUGGAGCCAGCGGGUCUCACAAAGGUGAGGACCAGCGGGUCUCAACACUGUAUCAAACUUAGGGUUUUUUAGAGAAUAUAAUUAUAUAGGUACCAGCAAAAUAAAUUUUGGAUUUUCUCCUUCUAAGCUUUUGCUGAAUAAAGAUAAAAAAAUGCAAUUUUAGAUCAGAGUGAAAGGCAUUUUUAAUUGCCACUUUAAUGAAGAUAAUGGAACAAUCUCUUAACAUGUACUAGGGAGAAAUAUGUCUUGGUGUCUGGAAAAAGACAACAGAAAAGCUGAAUUAACCUGAGUUCUCUGAGUGAUGUAUGAAACACAAGAAGUUAUAGAGUUUAAGAGUGAGACCAACUUGGCUCAGUAUGAAAAGUAUGAUGAGUCCAUUAUCACAGCCACUUUCAUUGAAACACAGAAAUUUCACCCCUUCAGAAACUCCUUUUGUUAUCACAUGGCCAUGCAACAGUAGAAAGAUUUCUCUGUGAAUAAAGAGAUCAUUGACAAAAUUUAAAAAAAGGGGGUCCCUGAAGAUCAAGUCAGAAGAGCUGAGGACCUCAUUAAUUUUCCAUAACAAAAGAGUUGCUGAAUUCAGCCUCAUCAGCAAGGAUGAAACACAAAUUGUAUCUGGAAAAGCAGUUAGAAGAAAUAUGUAUUCUGCUUGAGUAAAUUACAAAAAAACUUGAAAUCGAUAAAGUUCAGGAGUUGAAAUCCAAAAAAAAGGCCUUGGAAGUAGAUGUAGCCAGUCUAGUUACCUUAGUCAACAGCAAGACAUAUAAGGCUAAUUCUUAUAGGAGACUUCUUUACUCUUUUAUCUGCACUUCAAUACAUUACAAGAAAAGGCAUCAGAUAAGGAGAAGUAACUCCUUAAACUUCAAAAAACUUAUUGCUGACAAAGGGAGACACAUUAAAAAAAAAGUGAUAUAUUUUAAAGGUAAUAAAUAAUGUAUUAUUUAUGUAAAUAUUAAAUGGACUGUUUGAAUAUUUAAAUCAAGCUGACCACAUUUUUUUUUUUUUUUAAACCACUGGGCUGCUUAGAAAUUUUAAAAUAUUUUGUCCAAGACAUUUCCUCAUUAUUCUGUGCAUGAUUGGUAUGUUUAAACUGUUGAUUCAAACAACAAAUUACUUUUGAGCACUAAGCUGAAUUAAAUUUAUAUAAUAUUCUACAGACUUUUGUGAUAUAUAUUUCCAAAAAUAGCGUGAUAAAGAAUUUUGUAUCAAUGCUAUAAUUAGGCGAGUUUUUUUAAAAAUGUAUUUUUUAGAAUAUAAUAAAUAGGUCUCUAAAUGUUUGGGAAAAGUGGUGAAUUUUGGACCUAUGAACCCUGACAAACUUUACUUUUUUGUGUGUAAAAUUUGAUUUCCAUGUGUUUCAGGCAUGCUGGUUCAAAACUAGACUAUGACAGUGCAUGUUUAGUGGCAAGAUACCUGUCAUCGAAACGUCCAUUUGCUCAAAGCUUUGACAUUUAUCUAACCCAGGUAUAUAUAUUUUAAUUCAUUUGUUGGAACAGAUAUUUUUUACAUAUUUAUUAUCAAGGUAGCCUUCUAUCUGCUGUAGGCAAGUCUAAAGUUAUUGAAAUUUAAAAAACAGUAUUCGAAUAAUACCAUAAAUUAACUUAAAGUUAAUCUUCUGACUUUUUUGUAAGCACCUAUAUUGGCACAGACACUAAUUUUUAGUUUAUUUUUAUAUAAUAAAUUGAAGAAGAAGAAGAAAAAGAAAGAAACCUUGAACAUAAUGGGGUUUUCCCCGAACAUUUCUUCUACAAAAAAUAUUUGCAUGAAUCACUUUGCAGAUACUUAAAGUUUUGAGUGAAACAGCAGUUGCUGUGAGAACCAAAGCCAUGAAAUGCCUUACAGCAGUAGUUGAAGCUGAUCCAGGAAUACUUGCUCGGGUAGGUUUAAAAAAUUUAUUUUUGUCUAUUUUGAUUAUAACUUAAUCAUAAUAUUUAGCACUUUUUUUUUUACAGUUAAUUUUUAAAAUUAGUUACCAGAUCUUUUUCAUCUUUCUUCAUUUGAUAUUUUUUAAAAAUUUCUUUACAAUUUUCCUUGCACCUAAAAGAAAGAAAAAUGAAAAAGAAUUAAAACAUCUUGUCUACAAUACAGUUACAUUCUGAGUUUGGUUUAACAGUUUGCAUUUAUUUCAGACGGAUAUGCAGCGUGGUGUACAUGGCAGGUUCUUGGAUCAAUCUACAUCUGUGAGAGAAGCAGCAAUUGAAUUAGUUGGAAAAUUUAUCCUCAUUCAACCAGACCUCAUUCCAAACUAUUAUGAUAUGCUUUCUGACAGAAUUUUGGUAAUAAUAAAAGUUAUAGUGAAAUAUCUUUUAGUUUUGUUUGAAAAGCAGAAGAAAUCAGAUGUUACUGAUAAAAUUAAGCUUUAAGAAAGAUUGAAAGGGAUUUAGCUGUUCUUUUAUAUAAAAAAAGCAAACAGUAUUUUACAAUUUUAAGUAAAUCUUGUUAUUUUUGUUUCAGUUAUUUUAUAUAUGUGGUGCAGCAAUUCAUUUUGAAAAAGAAUUUUAAAACCAAGUACAGCAAGUUAGACCAGCACAUUGCGCUUCUCCAACAUUUCCUAGUUUGAAUUUAAGAAAGGGAUCUAAUUUAUAAAUAAAUGGGAAGAAAAAUGUUUCACAAUCGCAAUAUUAAUUUGAUAGUUAAUAAUUUUGAUUUAUGUAAUGUUGUAUAGUUAAUUAUUCUAUAGCUCCCUCUUAACAGUAAAGCAGUGGCAUAUCUUGACAAUUUUUAAAUUUCAGGAUACUGGCAUUAGUGUUAGAAAAAGAGUUAUACGCAUCUUCAAAGACAUUUGUGUUGAACAUAGUGAUUUUCCCAAAAUCCCAGAAAUGUGUGUGAAGAUGAUACGACGAGUAAAUGAUGAGGAAGGCAUCAAGGUAAUUCUUGUUUAUUGUAAAAUUUAUUUCUCUUCCUAGUUCAGUCUAUAUGGCAUAGGUUCUCAAACCCUGCUUUGGGGGCUGCGAAGUGGAAAAAGAAAUUUAUAUCAUAAUAAUUGGUAGACAGAUAGCAAACUUAGUCUAAACCAGUAACUCAAAAUUGUAAACCAAUUACUCACUUAUUAGUAAUAACUGUUUGCAGAAGCAAAGGCAGCGCUCUGCAAUAAUUAAGUUUAUCAAUUACUAGCCAAUAUACCUGGCGAUGAGCCGGGGAUUGCACUCGGAAAAAAGCUUCCACAGCCUUUUAGCUUACAUCACAAAUUUAGGGCUGUGUAAAAAUCAGGGUCCCCACACAGUCGGGAAAACGUGAAAAAGUCGGGAAUUUAUCGAAUAAUUUUCCCGGUCGGGAAAAUGGGUCUUCUAAUAAGAAAAUUUUCCAGAAAGUCGGGAAUUUUUUAAUUUGUAAAAAAUUUGGUUUUGGAUGCUAUGAAAAUUGACGUUAAUCGCUGACCUCGUCUAUUUUUAGCAUUUCUGUUUUAAAACGGACCUUGCUAGUGGCUUCCCCUGACUGGGCAUACGUAUUCGAACGCUUUUAGUUUCUAUUACCGUACAACUUCGAUAGACCAGACAUAUUUAUUUUCUGUUCACAUCGCCGAUCAAGAGAUGUUCGAUUGUUUGGGUAAGUAAAGUGUAAAAUAAUGAAUAAUUAUUUGAAUCUAGUUUUAAAUUGUGAGGUAACCAUUAUUAAUAGAAAACUACUCAUCCAAGCGCUGUCUGCAAUGACUAAGCUUAGCGUACUUUGUUAUGUCGUAGUCUUCAGCUUCAUAAGUUGAUUUUUAACUUUAACUGUUUUACUGUAUGCGGGCGACAUUUAAUUUUUUUUUUAUUAGCACAAGGCAGCCUUUAACUUUAACAUUUUAAAAAGACUUCAAGUUCACUUAACAUUUAAUUACGGAGUAGGCCUUCUAAUUUAAAAAAAGCUAAUAAGAUCAAGUUAUUUUGUGAUGUUAUUUUUUGCGUAGAUUAGCUAGUUUAGGCUUAGGGCUGAAAUCAGAAAUUCCUGUAAAAGUUAAAAGUUACUAAAACUAAUGCUAGUUGAUUGGACUUGAUACUACAUCGAUUCAUUGAGACUAAUUUAACAGUAGAUAAUAUAUAUUAUAUCCUAUUAUAUAGUAUAUAUAAUAUAUAGUUAGAUCUUAUUUUAUGCACUCCCGUGCUCUGGGUAUACUUUACGGUAUUAUACUAUUAUUCAUAAGCACAGAGUGUAGGCAAGGAUUGUUUAUUUAUUUUAUUUUUUUUUGGGGAGUGGAAACUCGAGCGUGAAAGAAAAAGCCUAUAAAGCCUUUGUCCGACCUAUUUUAGAGUACGCUUCUACAGUCUGGGACCCAUUUACCCAGAAAAGCAUCGACAGGUUGGAGGCGAUCCAGUGACGGGCAGCACGCUUUGUCAUGAACCGCUACAGAAACACCUCAAGUGUUGGCAGCAUGCUAAAAACACUGGGCUGGUCUACAUUGGAAGAACGACGACGACGACUAUCCAGGCUCUCCAUGUUGUACAAGAUCAAAAAUGGGCUGGUCCACUGCUCCGGAAUCAAACAGAAACUCGUUCAUCUUCCCCCUAGACAGCGACGAGGCCACGACAGACAGUUCCGGCUGGUAAAAACAAGAACAAAGUACAGGAGCUCCUCAUUCCUGCCGAAGACAAUAGGGGACUGGAACUAGCUUCCAAAAGCAACAGUUGAGGCGCUUACACUCGACACAUUUGUGUCUACUGCCUCCUGUAUUGCAACUCCCAGUUCGAAACACCACUGCUGAGUAGCCCUUACAACCAGUGAAGUAUCCCCUUGAAACCCAUACACAGUAACAUCACGAACCCCUCUGAAACAUAGGAGCCAGAAUGAUCAAUUCAUUGAUCGUGGGCCCUCAAAAGAAAGAAGAAGCGAACGAAAGCUUCUUAUAAGAAAAGAUGCUUUCCACUAUACAUAUGUACUAAAAUACCCCAGAGAACACACUGCGAAAGUUGCCUUUGCACUGUAAAAGUAAACAUCAACAAUUUUUCACGUCCAAGUAAAUUGCAAUUGCAAGGAAAUUUAAUAAAUAUUUACAUGUAUACUCCUCAAUCGCUUAAUUUUUUGUUCAUUUGUGAUGUAUUUCAACGUUGCUUUACUUUGACGAAUGCAUGGAUUUUUAUAUUAUCAACAAAAACGAUGCGUUGCGAUGGUCAGGAAUUUUUUUUUUUUAGUUGGGAAAAGUUGGGGAAAAGUAGGGAAUUUUGUUUUUAAAAAAGUGUGGGAACCCUGAAAAAUACAUCUCUAAAAUUUAAAUUUCUCCUUCAAAAACCACAUUUAUAUUAACUUUUGUAAACAUUUGUUCCCUGAUGCGAUCCAGUUCGCAGUCCAGAUCUUGUUUCCUGAUGGCCUCCUGUUUUCAGUUUGAUCCCGUUUCCAGGUGGGAUCGCAUUAUCGGGUGAUCCCACUCUAAGUUGGAUCCCUUUCCCUGGUGGGAUUGAGCAAUAAAAAAAAUUAAAAGAAUUCUACUUACCUUAUAAAAAUGUUUUUUAAAAUUAAGUUGUUGACUGAAAUGAUUUACUCCUCUAUAAGUCACUUUAUUUGUCCACUAGUGACUCUUGAUAUUUUUUCACUCCUCCAAAAUUGUAUUUUCAGUCAAAUUUACGAAAACGAUGCGAGCACCUACUUAUAUACUGGAUAAUAAAGGAUAUAUGGUCAUCAUCCAUCAAUCCAUAUAGAAAUGUAUGCAGAACAAACAUAAAAAAUAAGUGAAAUUGAAAUCCAGCCCCGAACUAGUGGAUAUUACGAGUUCAAAACCCAUCAGUAUUUCAAUCUGGAUAAUCAAGUGUUUGCGUAUUAAGUUUGGUUUGGAUUCAUCCAUCAGGUGUUUGCAUACUAAGUUUGGUUUGGAUCUAUCCAUCCAUGUCCUAGCCAAUGUUUGAAAUUAUAUUUAUACAGGUCAUAUAAGCAGACCUGUUUACUUUUACGAUUUUGGCGUACUAUGUACGAUUUUGAGAUGUCUUUUACGAUUGUACGCUGAAACCCGCCAAAACUACGAUUUUCAGAGGCCAGGUGAAAAAAAAAUUUCCGAUUUAAAAUAUUUUUUUUUCCGUUUGCUAAAGUUUUAGCCCUUUCUAAUAGAAAUCUACUGGUGAAUGGAACGAGAAAAACGAUUAGUUGUAAUUUUUUUUUUAAAGUUGGGACCCUCCUUCAUUAUGUUAUGUGCGCACUGAGAGGGGAGGUGGGGGGGUUUUGAUUAAAGAGAUUUAUGGACACAUGGGUGGGGGAUUGGUGGGAGUGUCAAAGGCUAUAAAAAUAUUACCUCAAAUUAUCGUAUUGAUAGUGAUGAUUGUCAUACUGUUGCCUUGUGUGUCACUGUGAACUAGUUAGCUGCGUCACCGGUAAUAUUUAUACUAGUCACCCUAGCGACCGCUUCACCACCACCCCCCUUUGACUACUACCAAGCGUGUGACGUAGUUUUGUUCCCGUGAACCGUGGCGAUUGUGAAAACGGAGAAAACUAGAGACGAUAUGGUUUUUACACUAAAAUACAUGAUCCCACUGUUCUGCACUGGAACGUUGGAUUUGGGCAUGUUUUAUAAGAGCUAGUCAGCGACAUUUAAACAAUAUUGGUAGAACUCGCAAAGCAGCUCUUUACCCUCAGCGAUCGUAAUACGUCAUUUUGGCAUCACUACUAAUACUACGCCCCAUCCAUUGGCGUCCGCAGAAAACUUUCUAGGAAGGGGCAAAAAAAUCGAUUAACUUUCCAGGGGGAGGCAAAAAAUGUUAGUAAUGUUUUAAUGUAGUUUUAAUUUACCGUAGCGUAUUUGCAUGGUGAACGAACGGACAGGACAUCAGCUUAGUUACUUUCUCUUUAUUUUCUUUAAUACAUUUCUGUCCAUUUUUGUAUAAAAAAAUUUUAUCCAAUCAAUCGGGGGGGGCCAAGUGCGCCCUUGCCCCCCCCUGCGGGCGCCCAUGCCCCCAUCCCACCCCUUUUACUAACAGAAAAAAUCAGCUGGGGGGGGGGGGGUAUAAAUAUUUUUUUAAAACUUUUUUAUGUUUUUUUUGCGUACCAGGUAUGUUUUACUGAAUGUCCCAUUUCCCAAACAGCUUUGGUUUCGAAUUUGAAUACAUUGACUGAUGUGCACAUUGCCUUAUUUUUUUUUUUUCCUUAAUAAAUUUCUUUCCAUUUUUUUAUAAAAAAAUUUUUUCCAACCAACCGGGGGGGGCCAAGGGCCCCCUUGCCCCCCCCUGCGGGCGCCCAUGCCCCCAUCCCCCCCCUUUUACUAACAGAAAAAAUCAGCUGGGGGGGGGGGGGUAUAAAUAUUUUUGUAAAACUUUUUAAUGUUUAUUUUGCGUACCAGGUAUGUUAUACUGAAUGUCCCAUUUCCCAAACAGCUUUGGGUUCGAAUUUGAAUACAUUGACUGAUGUGCACAUUGCCUGAUUUUAAUGUUACCUUUAAUGGAAUCAGCGAUCCUUUUAAUUUUCGUUACACUAAUUUAGUUUACUUAGUGAGUAUUUUACAAAAAGAAAGGUACGCGAAACCGAUGAUGAAGAAGAAACUUCUACCGAUAAACAUCAGCUUCAACAAAAGAUAAAGAAAGUUUAUAUUCUUGUUUGGAUGUAAGACACAAUAUACUGUGUAGCACAUUUAUAUCUCAAAUGCUGUAAAAUACCAGACAAUGUUUAGCAGAAAUUAUGGCCGUGAUGAUGUCAAGAUGUAUUUUCACAAAAGAUCUUGCUAGCGAUACCUAAACUCAGUAGUAGAGAAAUUGUAGUAAUGUUUUGUCCACUGAAUGGUCAGCGCGCGUGUGAUGUAUAUUUCGGUGGGCUACGCCAGUGGUUCUAAAAUUUUCGUUUCCCUGCGCCUAAGCCAUUCUAGGUUUUCACCAGGCUCCCUGUGUUGAAUUCUAACAUGUACAAUUCGAAAUAGCGAAUACACAAAUACAAUAAGGGUUGGGUAAAAAUAAAUAUAAUGUGUAUGUAGGUCACUGAGUGCCAUUUGUAACUGCAAACAGCGGUUGGUUAGUGGGUUACAGUUUGCACCACAACCGAAAGUUGUCCCAUUGGUUUAAAAGUGAAAAUAAAAUAAUGAAUUUUUAAAAAUAUUUCGCAACGCCCCGAUGAGGAAGCCGCAGCUACCCCCUUUGCCACAUUCUCAUGGCCCUGCCCAAGGGCAACGAGCACCCAGGCGAUGUAGCGUUUAUUCUGGGAACCACUGGGCUGGCCGAAUCAUCCAUGGACGUGGUGAAAACCCGUGUCACAUUUUGUUUACUGUAUCAUCAUAAUAUACAGUGGAUUUUGUUAAUUUUAUGGGGAGGAGAGGGGUGUGGAGUGGGGCUGGUGUUCUAAAGUUUACUGUACUGUACACACAAAAAGGGGGGGGGGGGAUUUGUUACCGGGUAAUUAAUUCUUAUUUUAAUAUAUUUUAUUUUAUGCUUAUCUGACGUCUUGAACAACGUUAAAUUUCACGGUGAUUUUGUUUUUACCUGCGACAGACUGGGAUAAUGUGAUCAGCACGUUAACCGAAAUAUUAAUUAACAUGUAUCAGCAGAUACACGUCAGCAAAACAAAGUGACCGCAGUUUGCGGUUAACGUCAGUCAUCUACUGUUAACCAAACAGUUCCAUAUUUUGACGCCAGCUUAACUCGAUUCCACUGAUCACGCUAUAGGAGUAGUUAUUGUAUACAUUAUAUAUACAUGUACUGUAUUUUUAUUUAUUUACUAUCAAAAUACUGCAUUGUACGAUUUUGAGACGAUAUUGUACGAUUUUAGGAGUUUGAGGGUAAACAGGUCUGUAUAAGAAAAAACUACAUUUUAGGCCCCUUGUCCCAAAAGGAAUAUUUUGUUAUUUUUUUUAAAAAGACACUAUUUCAUUCUGGGUUAUGAUGGAUGCGUGUGCCAAGUUUGGUCAAGAUCCAUCAAUCCAUGUAGAAACAGGCGGAACAAAUCUGCAAACACAUUUUCACUUGAUAUAUAUAUAUACACAUAUAUAUGAUUUUAGUUAGUGGUCUCUCCAAAUUGGUAUUUUUUUUGUUUUGUGUAUUAAUAGUGCAACGAUCUAGAUGUCAAAUUACUGUACAAUGUCGCUUAUGAGGAAAAUUCAUUGUAAAAAAAUACUGCUUGAAGUUAAGGGUUCUCAUUAUAGGCUGUGUCAAAUAUUUCACCUUGUCUUUUAUAUCCAACUUCUCAACAACUGUCUCUCUCUCUCUCUGAUAAGAAACAACAAUGUACCCCCACACAGUACUUUAUUACAUACGCUAAAUAAAUCACAUGAUCCCUUGACAUCAGGAUAAUGUUAUAACAAUUAUAGUAGCGAUGCAGAGAAUAGAUGUGCACACACUUUCAAUAAUGUAUCAGAUAUCUAUUCAGUAAAUCCAUUUGAGAAAAUCCAACAUGACCUCUCACAUUCAAAUUAGCACCCACUCUUUGUUGAUCCCUGGUUCACUCUGAUGCUCAAAAUCGUUAUCUCCCUUUAUCACCCAAAAAAUCCAUGCACUCAUACUUCAUGAUAAGAGUUCACACUCAUUCUUUUUAACCCAAUUGUACAAAAUUACAAUACCUCUGAUUCCAUGACCUUGACAAGCUGGUCUUUAAAAAAUAUAUCAUCCUAUUAGAUGUAAUUCCGUUUCAUUAUUGAUUAAUAUAUGCAUGGAUAAGUAAUUUAUCAUUUAUUGCGUAAUUACAUACAAUGUAUACUAAUGCCAUGCAACACAAUCUACUUGAACCACUAGCAUUUGGUGAGCGAGCGUGCAUCAUAUCUCAGAUAAGUCAAAUGACGUUAUUAAAGCGUUUCAUCUCGUUUUUUUAGUUUUAAAAAUGGAUUACUUUUACUAAAAAGUGAUGAGUGAAGAUACAAAUAUAUGCCAUUUUUUCAGUGCAAUUAUUAGAAUUUGACAUAGGAUGCCUUGGGAAAACCUGGACUUGAGUUAGCCAACCUCUGAUAUGGGGAUAAUUUAGUUGAAAUGUUUGGGGCAUAAAAUGCUAUUGCCUUUGCAAAAAGGAAAUAUUAAGAUGCAUUUAUGAAUUAUUAAUGAUAGGAAAGAAAGCAAAUGUUUUAAUAUCAAAUUCUUAAUUGAUGAAAACCUUUUAAAAAAUAGCCCCUUAUUUUUGUUUAACAGUUUGCUUUCGAUAAAGUAAUAAAUAUUUUAAAUAGAUAUGAAAAUUGUGAAAGAUUUAAAUUAGCAUAUCUUUCAAAGCAUAAUAAUGCAAAAAAAAAUUUUAAUGUAUUUAUUGUGUGUAGUUAUCUUUUAUAAAUCUCACUCACAAGUUAAUUUGUUGUCUUCUUGCAGAAACUAGUUAAUGAAGUCUUUCAAACUAUGUGGUUUACGCCAUUAGGAUCCCGGGACAAAGAUACAGAGAAGCUUGUUCAAAAAGUCGUGAACAUAACAGAUGUGGUGUGUAAAAUAGUUAACAUUGUUAUUCCUUUGCCUCAACAACCCAUUGAAAGUCAGGUUGUGUCAUUAUAAAGUUACUAGAUUUUAGUGGUUUUUAGUUUACCUUAAAAUCACUCAUAGUGUGACAAUUUUUCUCUGCAAUGGGAAAGGACAUGUUUGUUCUAACCCAUUGGAAUGCCUUGGGAAGUUCAGAUAUCCGUAAAAAACAUGCCAGAGCACCAUUCAAUCCCACUUGAUGGAAUGGUGAGUUUCUAAACAGAAUAGUUGUUGGACCUUAAUUAUGUGGGAAGCCUCUCUAUACCACUUUCUUUACAUGUAUAGCUUCUUUUUUAAUAUUCAUUCUUGAUGCACUAUGGCACAAAAACAAAUUGUUUUAGAAAGACAGUAACAAAAAGAUUGAGAAUACCUCAUUUUCUUAUAAAAAUAAUUAUGAUACAUAUAAUUUCGUCUAACAAGGCUCAAUUAGAUUCCCAAUUGUAAAAAUGGCGUAUACCAAUGCUAGAUUAUUCUCUCAUCUGUGGAAUGAAUAUGCUGUUAGGUGAUCAGCAUAAUUGCUACGAAAGAAAACCCUAAUCAUGGAAGCAAAUUAUAUCACAAACCAUGCCUUAUGGAAACAUGGUUAUAGAGCAUAGAAAUUAAACAUUUAAAAAAAAAAAAAGGAAAUGGCUCAAUCCAAUCAAAUAAUAGAGUUCUGUAAUAUAUAUUUAUAAUUUUGUUUUAUUCUGUUUUUUAAAGUUGAAUAAGUAAUAGACUAUUUUAAAAAAAUUACUACUUUUCAGUUUAUGUAAAUCAAAUUUUACAGGUUGCUGCCGCCAAGGACACAAGCUAUGAGUUCUUUGAGCAAUUAUUAGAAAAUGUAAGUUCGUCUUUACUCCUUUGGCCCUAAUAAAUCAUGUUAUGGACAAAAACCUUCUCCAUUAUUUGAUAUGAAUUAAUCAAAAUGAUGCAUCUUAUUUUAUGUUAUCAGGCUCAUUUUUUUUUCAUUUUUAUAUUUGUAGCUGAAAUUUUUGGCCUUAAUUAGGAUCGGCAUUGAAAAAUAUGGCUGUUGGUAGAAAAGUGCUAAAUCAUAGAGGCUGACUAACCAUUGAAAUCUCUUGUCAAAAAGAACUCUGUGGAUACUUGAAUGAACUUAUCAAGUCCUUUUAUAUUAUAAAAAAUUUCUCACGAUACUAGUUUCCUUGCAAGCUGAGUCAUUACUUAAAAAAUAAACCAUGCGCAUACCAUGGGCACCCGCUGGAAUUUUCAGGGGAGGGGGGAUGUCAUCAAACUUCAGUCAUUCUUCUUCAUAAUAUAAACAUAUACAGUCAAACCCCCUUAUCUCCACCUGGGUUAACUAGCCAACCUUGUUAUGUCGACAUUUUUGAAGUGGAAUAGCAAAAUUCUCUCUUUAUCUUAGAAUUUUCUCCUCGGUUGUGUCGAUUCUUUUAUGUCGCCGAACCCUCAUAUCUCGAGCACAAAAGGUGGCCAAAUUUGCCACUUAACCUCGGUUAUCUCGAUCCCCAUGACCAAGCGCCGGCUUUUGAACUCUGCAAGAAGACCUGCCAAAAAAAAACCUUAAAAUUCCGAUUUUCCGAAAAUUAUAAUUUUUCACCUGUCAUAAAAAUCCGAAAGUGACAAAUUCAACAUAGUCUGUAAAUUUAUAUGAAAAAGAAAUAUGUUUAAUUCUACAAAUACAUAUUGAACAAAUGGUUAAAAUGUGACAAUUUUAAAUAAAGCGUGGCAUGCCCGCCGGAUGAAUAUCUCCUGCACUAUAUGUCCGGUCGCCAAACCUAUAGGCACUGCCUUGUUUUUAUGGAAGUGGACUGCGAUCUCCAAAUUAUUAUUCAAUCAUCAAUCUGAUCGUGAUUCAUCCUUUUACUAGUAAUACCAGGCUAAAAAAUAAUUCAGUUGUGUUGUGAUUUUUUUUGUCAAAGCUUUUCUUAAUUAAAUGGAUAAAUUUGUAAAAGAGAUUUGCUGAAAAAGCUUUUCCAGUGACUGAGGUUGAAAGUAAAGUCUAAACACAACCCCCCCCCCCGUCAUAUCCAAGUUGAAUAAAGUUGUUCCGGAGUUUUCAGAAAAACAGUAAUUGCAGGUCUGCAAGUCAUUUUUAUUUUUUUUUUUCAAAGCUUUUCUUAAUUAAAUGGAUAAAUUUGUAAAAGAGAUUUGCUGAAAAAGCUUUUCCAGGUACUGAGGUUGAAAGUAAAGUCUAAACCCCACCCCCCCCCCCCGUCAUAUCCAAGUUGAAUAAAGUUGUUCCGGAGUUUUCAGAAAAACAGUAAUUGCAGGUCUGCAAGUCAUUUUUAAUAACUUGUGAGUUGCUGCAUGCUCCAAAAAUGAAACCAGUUCAUUGCCUCCAGCUCAAAGUUGUCUAAUGAGUACAAACUAGUAAUGAUAUUACAACUCUUCUUAAAUUCCACAUAAUUAAGACUGUCAUUAUAGCAGGGUGAAGUCUGAAUAGCUGAAAUGGGGGACUGUUUGAGUCCAGAGAUGAUAGUAUCGAAGUACGGAACAAAUCUUGUUUGUCUAAAUUAGACUUCUUCAGAGUUGGGAUCCUCGCUCUUGUCAUUUGAGUUUCUAGGAUUACUUUAAUAUACUUGUCCAACACAGAUAUGAAGGCUCUUCAUCUCAUUGUUAACUAAUGCUUCGAGAGCCAAGUCCACAGAUAAAUAUUAUUCGUAAACUGAGUUUCAACAUUCUGAGGAUGUUCACGGAAAAUAUCUGUUACUUUACAAAUAUGUUUAUGUACCCUUACCAAAUCCAGCUGUAUGGCUUGUAAUAAUUGAAUUACUGGUACCAAUAUUGCUGAGUUUGUAAAGAUAAUCACGAGACAUCCAAGAAAUGUAGGCGAAGAACAUGUACACAAUAGCUGGUGAGCAUCUUGUCGCGUUUUAUGCAUGUCAUGUAUUGCCAGAUUAUGCCGUUGAUUGCAUCACCUCAAAUUCUCACGGAAAAUGUGAAUGCUUUUAUAUUUUGCGGACCAUCAAGUUUCACAGACCAAUGGAACUUUAGGUAUUAAUGCCCCUCGGUUUAUGCUUUGGUGAAAAAAAAUAAUGAAAUCUUUGAUUGCACCAAUAACAUUACACACUUAAACUGCUGAAUUCAAAUCAUUAACCACUAGUUUGGGCCGAUGCUCAGAGCAAAGAGAAAAAAAACCUGUUUGUUCCUAGCAUACAUUAAUGACCUAUCCGAGAAACUGACAUCCCAAGCAAGACUGUUCGCAGGUGACACCACUGUGUACAAGACGAUCCCCAACAGAUCUCCCCAGGACUAGCUACAACAGGAUCAGUUAGCUGAGAGAGAGUUGAGCUGGAACAUGGAAUUUCACCCUGCCAAGUGCCAGACACUAUCAGUCUCUAGAAGUUGUACUCCUCUACACUACCAAUACGAACUGCAUGGCCAUAUACUUGAGCUAGUUUCCGCUGUAAAGUACCUGGCUGUUACAAUUCAAAGAGAGGUCUGCUGGGACGAGCAUAUUAACAAUGUAUGUAACCAGGCAAACAAGACCCUGGGGUUCUAAAGGCGUAAUCUAAAGAUUGGCAACUCCUGUGUGAAAGAAAGAGCCUAUAACCCUUUGUCCGUCCAGUUUUAUAUUAUGCAUCUUCAGUCUGGGACCCAUUUACUCAGAAGAGCAUUGACAGGUUUGGAGGCGGUCCAGCGAGGGGCAGCAUGCUUAGUCCUGAACCGCUACAGGAAUACCUCUAGUGUUGGCAUCCUGGAAACACUAGGCUAGUCACCACUGGAGGAACGACGACGACUAUCCAGGCUCUCCAUAAUGUACAAGAUAAAUAUUGGGCUAGGCCACUGUUCCAGUAUUAAACAGAAACUCGUCCCUCUCCCCCAUAGGCAACGACGAGGCCAUGACAGGCAAUUCUGGCUCAUACUAGCAAGAAGCCAGUAUAGGAACUGCUCAUUCCUGCCAUAGACAAUUAGGGACUGGAACAAGCUUUCAAUAGGAACAGUUGAGGCGACAACACUAGGCACAUUUGCGUCUAUUGCCUCAAACCUUCCAACCCCCAGUGCAUGAUUCCCUCACAAAGUAGCACUUGCAAUCGGUGAAAUAUCCUCAUCAACACCAGGCACAAAAACAUUGCAAAUCCCCUCUACAUGCAUAGGAGCCAAAAUGAUCAAUAAAUUGAUCGUGGGCUCUUAAUAUAUAGAAGAAGAAGAAAGCUGCUUUUGGUAAAAUUGUGCGUAUUUUAUUCUGAAAAUCGUCUUCCUUUCCUGCCAUUAUGGAAGUAAUUUUAUCAUGUCCAUACCUCAUUGAAUGAAAUAAACUUGUUUAUCUGACUUAGGAUACGUCAGUCUGGAAUCCAAAUGAUGGUUAAGAAUGCUGUCGCAUCCUGCUGAGCACAUUUGUGCCAUUCACCUUUCACAAAAUUACGAGCACAUUAUACUUGGAGAAAGAUGUUGCUAUAAAUGCAUCUUGGUACCUGCGAAGAAUUGGUUGCGGGAAAACAUUACAAAAUAUACACACUGGACCUUUAAGAUAACUGGAAUAAGCAAACCACACAGAAAAUGUAUCAAGCAAGGCAUACCAAAAAUAAUGUUUUUCGCCAGGUCCUCACUGAAGUUGUAACAAACUAUUGGUCAAUAUGGGUUUGUGAGUAAACUAUAUUUUAAAACAUCUGACAGUUGAGAUUUUGACUUAAUAUAUCAAUCAAAAUCAUUGAUAGCCAUAUCACAGCCAAAAUUGUUAUGUGUUAAUAUAUCAGUGUUAAAUCUGAGUUAUGCCGAUAAUAAUGAAUCACAGCUCUGAGAACCCAUGGCAGCAGCUUCAAACUCCUGCUAGUGUGAAAUGGUCAGGUCACUACAUUUAGUUUGUUCUUCAACUUGUUGAUCCUCUCUUGUAAAUGUUGUUGAUGUGGACACAGUUUAAGACAACAUGUCUUACACUCGUCAUCAUCAAAUGACUUCUUUUGUCAUUUGUGACAUACACAAAUAAAUUUUAAACUAUUUUAUAUUCAUAGGGACAAAGUGCAAAUAUUAAUAUUUGUUAGUAUUAAUGUAUUCUUUUCCAGAAUUUUAUAUUCAUGGCACAGACAAAACAGAGAUAUAUAUAGGUAUUUGUUCGACAACUAUAUUUUAUAUAUAUAGGCAUUUCAUGACAGCUAUAUUUGAUAUUUAAGCAUUUCUUUGAUAGCUAUAAUUGAUAUAUAGGCAUUCUUUGACGUCUAUAUUUGAUAUAUAAUUCAAGAAAACAAUUUUUCACAUGUCAUAUUGCAUACCCUCCUGAAAUUUCCCCAAAAUAUCACAAUUUUACUGUAGAUAUCAAGCUUUAAAUGGUAUUGAUUGAAAAGCGUAGGUUAAAUGUACAGAAAAUAAGUCUAAGCUAAAAUUAAAUAAUAAAAGUAAAUUUAAGUUUUUAAAAAUUGCAUAUAAAAUAAAAAUCAGAUAGGGGGUGUCCUUUAAUUACGUCAACAAUUUUUAAGCAAUUCUUGAAAAUCAAUAACUGUCAAACUUUCACAGAGUAAGUUUGUCAACAUUUUAUUUAACCCUAAACCCCCAACCACCCCCCAAUGAAUUAUAAUAUAAAUAAAUGCAUAAAUACAUUUUGCUUUGUGCUCAUUUAUUGCAAUAACACAAAAUUGUAGGACAAACAUUUUAUUGCAUCUUUAGCUUUUUAAUCAACAAGUUAAAAUGUUUUUACACUUAAAUUUUAUAAUGCAGAAUCAAUGAAAAGGUUUUUAAAGACUAAAUAUCACUGUGAGUGGAAGUAUAAAUAUGAUUAUUGUCAGUAUCGAUGACAAUUGUAGCAUAGUUUCUAGCUGCUAUAAUCUUCCCAGGGAGUAGCCAGAUGUUGCUCUAUCGUAACAAUGGGCAUAGUAGCUGAUUUAUCAUCUUCAUCUUGCGGAACUGAUAUACCAGACAAGUCAACAUCAUCAUCAUCUAAAUCUAACCAUUCAGCACUUAAAAUAGAAACAUUGUCAGUGCGAGCAAAAAUUGCCAUAAGCUCUCUCUGUUUCCUGACAGCUACAUGCAUUAGUUGAAUCCUUUUUUUGUUGAGGAGCAGGUGGCAAUUUCUUAUGCAUUGUCGGUUCUGUUGAACAUGCUAUUUCAACAUGACUUGUGAUGCAAAAUAGAUUUACAGCUUUUGCAAAUCCGUUCAAGCAGUGAUAUUAUUGUUACUCACUUUACUUUCGCCUAAUUCUCAAAAUAUCAUAUUCCUACUCUAACAUUAUCAUUUAUCUUGACUGCACAUGACACUUGAACCUUGUCCUUGUUCCAUACCUGCAAGACUAUCGCAAACAUACCGCCCAAGCAUAAGCGACAAACAGAAUCUACAGGCAAAGAGAGGCCAACUUUUGACUUCUCUUGCAGUAACAAAGUGUGCUAAUUUUACUUUAAUUAAGGCUUCCAGUGUUACAUAAAUUGUACAACUACUAUGACUAGGGGUAUGAUUUAAUCUAUUAUUAAAUAUUCUAAGUUAAUAUCACCACACUCACAUCCAAUGGCACUCUCUCACUCGCUCACUUCUAUUAAAACUAUUACUAAUGACUAUAAAAACACAGGUGGUUUAGCCAACGGAUAAUAAAUAUUUAAUUACAAGAAGAGUUAACUACACACAUGUUAUUACAUAUAAUAUAAACAUAUAAAGAACAACCAGGUAUACCGUCUAAUACUAAUUGUCAUGUACUAAGUUACGACUGGCUGGUUAUCUUGUCCUCAGGUAAGGCCCAAAUCACACACACACAGCAGGACGGUAGUCUGUUUGUUUGCCCCCUCUCUCGCUGGCUAGUGCACAGUCUGGGACGUAAUAGGUGUAGACUCUAACACUCUAACGGUGGGCACACAUGGCCUGUGCUGCUGGCGGGAGUCUAGUGUUAUCUCCCGUAAGCCUAAUCUACACUUGAAUUCUUUAUAGAGAAUGUCAGUGUUAGCAUAGCCACUAACUGACUGACUCCACUCAACUGAACUGGUCUAUACUAGACUCGACUCUACUGUACUCGUAUCUACUGGUCUAUACUAUGCUGGCUAGCCAAUUAUGAAUAAACAAACUUCAUCACAAUAAUAUUGUUAGCCGGGCUCUGCUGCCAAAUUACAGGUAAAAGAGGGCGGGUAGCGUCAUACGCUCCAUUAUAUACUGCAUUAGUAGUUUCAGCAUGGGUACUCCUUGACCAGGUUAAUUUCCAUUUUUAGUAAUGUUAGGCCCUGCCUAAUUGUGCAAUCUCACGUUGGGUAGGGAUGGAGAGAGUGUGAGCCAGCGGGUCUCAGAAAGCUAAGAUUUUCAAUUUUUCUGAAUUCCAGCUGCUGAAGAAAGAUGAUGAUGGCAAUUAUAAUAAAGCAGCUAUAACAGCAUGUAAGCAGAUUGUUGAUUGCCUUGUUGAAAAUGUCUUGAGAAUAGAGGAGAAAAGUGUUGGUGAGUUAAUUUACAAUAUCUUUGACUUUUCUAAAUGCUUUUUUUCCCCAGUCAAAAUCAAGCAUUUUACAAUUACAUAUUUAUAUUAUCACUGACUCGCACGCAUAAAAGUAAACAAAAUUGUGGAAUCUAUUCAUGAUAGAUUAAAAUUUAGCCCACUAUAGAACUUUUCCAUUUUGUUAUUCUACAAAGGUAAAUAAGAAAUUGAUUCGUGUAAAUUUGUUCAUUAAUUCUUAUUUUUGAUAAAUAUUAUUUUAUGCUUAACUGACUUUGAGUUUGAUCCAUGUUAAAUUUCACCUGUAACUAUUUGUAACAAAAGCAGACUUUGAUAAUGUGAUCUGUACGUUCACCUAAAUUUUAAUUGAUAUCUAUAGCAGAUGCACUUCAGCAAAACAAAGUGACCGCUGAUAGCAAUAUAAUCUCAGUCAUUUGCUUUUAGAUGUUACCUUUUUGAAUUCAGCUUAACUCAAUGCGCGAUGGUAGUAGUUAUUGUAUACAUGAUGUAUACUGCAUGUUUAUUUACUAUUAAGAUACUGUAUUGUACGAUUUUGAGAUGAUAUUGUACAUUUUGAGACAAUAUUGUAUAAUUUUAGGGGUUUGAGGGUAAACAGGUCUGAAGAAACAAACAGGGGCCUGGCAUCGAGCCCUGGGAGCCCCCUGACUUAACACUGAUGAAGGAGUAAUAUUUAAACGUUAUAAAGCUAUUAUUCUAAGCAUUGGGUAGUUUUAUAAAAUGGUGAUCCUAUUCAUAUUAUUUCUCAACUUUUAAGCAAUCUUCAUUAAGCAAAAAGUCAGAAAUGUGUGACAUGGAAAAAAUAACAACAAAAAAUUAAAUCAUGCACCUCAUUCAAUUCUUUUUCUUUACAAUAUAUAAAUGGACUGAAACAACAAUCUUCAUCAAUCUUUUUUUUUUCCUUUACACGCUUUCACCUACCACAAUCAUUAUUUCUUAUUACAAUUUAUUACAUUGAUUGCAAUAUAAAUAUUAGCUGCUUAAUUUUUAUGGAUCCUAUUUUUACCUAGAAAAAUCUGAGGGUCGAACGGUCAGUAGUCGACUUGUUGGCUGUUUGUCAACUCUCCACCUGUUCAGUAAAAUCAAGCCAGAUCUUAUGGUGGAACAUGCAACUACACUGCAGCCUUACCUUGACAUUAAGUGCAAUGUAUGUUUAAAUGUAUUUUUAUUUAUUUGGCACGUUUAUAAUUUAACAAUUCUUUAAAUUUAAUGAAGUAAAGCCAUGGUUGAAAAACAUUGCUUUACUUUUAUGCUUUGUAUUUAAAAAUGAAUUGUAAGUUUCUUGAUCUGCCUCACAUAGACAGCUUUUGAGUUACAGUUGAAAUGUCAUGUCAAUAAAGUUAAUAUGAAACAUCAAUAGUAAAAAAUAAUGUGUAUUGUACAUCUGGUCCAUGCAGAAGAAAGGAAAAUAUCUCUUAUACGGUUACUUACACAGUAAUUCUAUAGGCUUAUAAAAAGUCAAAUUUUAGCAACUUAAUUCAUUUAAUCUUUGUUAGGGACACAAGCUAACUUUGUAAGAGAUAAUUUAGAAGUCAAGAAUUGUGCUUUAUCUCCUCAGACUCAGGGAGAUGUCAUGGUCCUUCACUAUGUGGCACGGAUCCUUGAGCUUGUCAUACCAUUAAUGGAUCAUCCAAGUGAAUCUUUUUUGGCUCAAGUAGAGGAGGAUUUGGUCAAAUUAAUUUUGAAACAUGGGAUGAUGGUAAGCUCAUAUCAACCAAACAAAUGUUCUUAAUAUCUUGCCUAAAUAACACGAGUGACAGUAAAACUUUAAUACACUCCCAAUUUACUGUGAAAUAAUGUGUAGAAGUAUCUUAUAUCCUCUGACAAAAGUCACCACACAUAAUUUUAAAAUUGUUGGUUCACAUUUCUAUUGCACAUUGUGGUUAUAGUUAGAUAUGUUUAUUAAAAUAAAAUUCAUCUCUACAAGAUUUCUUGUAUUCAUUUAUGGAAGUAACUUGAAAAUAUGAAGAACAACUAUCAUUUCAAAGUUAUUUAUUUUUGUUAGCUGGGCGAAUUUAACAUGUGGAUUUUGGUAAGUGUUACUUACUUGCCAUGCACUUUUUGGAUGGAGUCUUUUAUUCAAAUAAAUAAUUCUGUUAACAUUUUAAUGUUCCUUUACAGGUAGUUCAAAGUUGUGUGAGUUGUUUAGGAGCUGUUGUUAAUGAUGUGAGCCACAACUAUGAGUUAGUCAGAGACUGUUUCAAAAAGUUUUAUGGUAAAUUUUAUUAUUGUGGUAAAAUUAUUAACUACCGUAGAGCAUCCAUUAUCCAAAAUAAUCAGGAGGGGGGGGGGGGGUGGGGUAAACUUAUUUUUCAGCUAACUAAACAUUUCCAGGGAAGGGUUGGGUUAAAAAAUUUAAUGCAUAGAAUACUAUAUACUAUUCCUACCUUAUUAACAUAUGGUGCUUAAAAGUGGUAGUCUUCAACAGUAUAUCAAAGUCAGCUGAUUGAUGUAAAAUAUAUGUCCAAAAAAAAAAAUAGCAUUUUCUCGGUGAAAAGAAGUCAUUUCAUAAUAUAGUUGACUGGCACUUAGAAUAAAAUGUGAGGUCACUUUGUCUUUGCAGGUGUUAAUUCUUCAAUAUAAAUAAUAAGUAAACCUGGAUGCAUACUUUUUUGACACUCGUAGUUCAUUGUUUUGUUAAUAUUCUCCUUGAUCAGAUUAUAAGCUGUUUAUUUUUUGAAAGUCAUAUUCAAUUGAAAUGUUUAUGGUUUUUCAUCUAUUUUACAAGGUACACCUUUGAUAUUUAAGAUUAAUUUGUUACCUAGUUUUUUCUCUUGAAAUUUUUUCUUUUAAAAUGUAUGAUUAAAAUAAGUUAAUGACUUAUACUUAAAAUAUAUUUUUAUAUGGUAUUUAACAUUUUUGUAAAAAUAUUUUUAUUAGGCGUGCUUGCAAAACUGAUGUAUGAUAACAAAGUAAAUAAAGAUUGUCCUACACUGAAGACAAGACGUCCAACUCUUCUCAGGGCUCUUUUUACAGUUGGGCUCCUAUGCAAGCAUUUUGAUUUUGAUUCCAAAGACAUGGGUGAAACAAAAGUAAGAGAUUUUUUUUAUUAUUGCAAUUGAGUUAUAACUAAUAUUUGUUGCUAAGGUGAAUGAAAUUCCCCAACUCUAUGGAUAUGUACAAAGGAGCUUUAAAGGCGUAUUUUUUAUAGUUAGAACUGAAAACUUGUUUCUUUUAUAAACUUCAAAUUGAAUUCAGUAUUGCAUCAAAAUUAUUUGUUUAAAUUCAUUUAUGAACUAACUUCUUCUUAAUUUCAUCCCAGGAAAAUUUUUUAACUUUGGUAUAGAAAAUGUAUCUAAUAAUUAAAAUGCAUACACCUGGAGAGGGGGGGGGGGGUUAUUAUUAUUUUUUUAAACUGUUGUAUUAAUUUAUGAUAAAAAUAUAAAACUGAUGGUUACAAAAAAUGUUUAAAUGAAAUCGGAUAUGAAAAUGAUGUGUUAUUUUCACUCACAAUUUUAUUAAUGAUUUCUGAUAUAAAAAUGUUCUGUUAUUUUAUUUAUUUUUUAAAUUUAUUUUAGUUUUAACAGCAAUGUUUAUUUAAUUUGCUUUUUUAAGACCCUACCAUACUCAUCUUUGCAAAACUCAUUGUCCAACUCAAACAGAUACACCACACACCCCUCCCUCUGAGGGCGUAUAUAUAAUUCUCUGGGAUCCCUUAAGUAAAAAAUCAUUAAUAUUUCUUUUUAACAUUUAUGACAUCAAAAUUGUUUGAGAAACAUUGAAAGCUUUCAUUGAUGCAUACUUUUUCUGGGCAUGUUGCAUUUUAUUGUAUGUAAUCAUUGUUGUUAUCAGUAAAUAGUAAUUUCCUGAGGGCAAAAUACUUAAGGAAGAAAAGUAAUUUUGAAAAGUUUUUUUUUUGCCCCCAAAAAAUUGCUGUUAUCCAGAAUUUAAUUAGAUAAAGCAGACUUUUAAAAACAAUAUGGGGGAUAAUAACUAAGUCCAUUCUCUUGUUUAUAGGUCUGUGUUAGAGAAACAGUCUUUGAUGUAUUCACAUAUUUUGUCAGUCAUGACGAUGAGGAUGUUCAACUUAAAGCAUUAACUGCCAUUGGUGAGUUAAAGCUGCCAGAUCACUAUGAAAAUGAAUAUCAAACUGUUUUGCUGAAACCUUUCACUGCUAUAUUUUCCUAUUGUGGCUUGUUAAACACUUAAUUAUGCUAUUGUAAAAAUAAUUUUAGCCUUUAUACAUAGAAGAAAUAAUAUACUUUUGAAUGAAUUUUUCUUUCAAUGUUUUGUUUUUAAAAUAUUGAUUAAAAUUUGGUUACAGGUUUCUUCGCAUGUCGACACUACACUUUCAUGCUUGGGCCCAUAUUGAAAGAUUUAUACACCCGCCUUUUGACAGACGAUAAAGCAUCUGUUAAGCUAAGAUGUCAGGUAUAUAAAAUCUCUAAAGUUAACCUUAUUUGCUUUGAGUGCUACUUCAAAAGAUGUUCAUUAAUAUUAGAAAUUGUAUUUGUUCUCUAAUUUUACAAAUAAAUUCUUUACAAAAUGAAAUAAAAUUGCUUAAAUUAAUUUCAGGUCUUGAGGAACUUACAAGUUUAUCUGACAGAAGAGGAACUGCAAAUGUCAAAAUCAGAUGCAGAAUGUAUGUUUUAAAAAUUACAUUGCUAUACUUAAUAUUGUUUUUAAAAUUUCUUUGUAAUCUGGUACUUAAAGUUACUCUAAAUUUGUCAUACUGCCUUGUUUCAUUGAGCAUUUUUUUUUUUAAUAAUAUUUCAGGGAAAAAACAUUCCAAAAAGGAAGAUUUAAAAGAGAUGGGUGAUGUACAGUCAGGGUAAGCAGAAGAGUUAAAAUAGCAUAAGACUCAAGAAAUUGCCUAGGUUAACGAAAAAGUAAUUUUUAAAAAUUAAGUAUAUAUUUUCUGUUAUAUUAUAACUGCUAUAAAAUGAUAACAUUUUUUUCCCUUGCAAAUUUCUCAGUCCCAAACUAACAACUUAGCUAAGCAAAAUGUUAGAUCUAAAAAUUGCAGUGAUUGAUAAAUUUGAAUUAACUGACAUUCAACUUAUUUUCCAUUAAAGAAUGGCAAGCACUGUGAUGCAAGUGUACCUAAAGGAACUGAUGGAAGCCUUCUUUCAUGAAAACUCUCAAGUCCGACUUACAGCUCUUAAUGUAGUAACUCUUGUCCUCAAGCAAGGUCUUGUUCAUCCCGUCCAGGUUAGAUACUGUUAAUACAUAUAGUUCUUGAAAGGUGGGCCUUUUGUCACAAUGGGAACCACUCGGUUGGGGUAGCAGGUACAAAUUCAUCCAGUUACCCCUAGCUAUGAGCCAAAAGGUGUUUGGAAUAGCCUCGUGAGGCAGGAAUGGGUAGAAAAAAAUCAAUUUCAGACGGAAACAGCAAGCUUUCUAUGAUAAUAAAAUAUUAUGGUUUUAAAAAUAGCUGUAGUCUUAUCAGUACAUGGUUGCUAAAUAAAGAAUUUUAUAUUAUUUGCAUUUAAAUAAAAAUUUGUCAUGAAAUCAUUCUGUUUGUUUAUUAACAUAUAUGUUGCUAUUUUAAAUUUUGUGCUCUGUUUUUUAGUGCAUCCCUUACUUAAUCAGCAUGGGGUCAGAUAUUGAGCAACCAAUAAGAGUUAAAGCGGACCAACAAUUGCAGGAGAUUGAAAAGAAAUAUCCUGGAUUUACACAUGUAAGAACAUAUAGCUUGAAUAAGACAUUUUUAAAAAUGUAUAUCUUAACUACUGUAAAACAGUGUUUAUGAAGCUUAAAUUCAGCUUAUGCAUUUGUUAUUAAUCCUCAUUAAUUCAGUUAAUUCCUUGUUGAGUUAGUUAUUUAUAGAAAUUAUAGCCGUCCUUCAGAGUUAAAGAAGUCAACAGUUAACUUUAAUUUAAUAAUCAUAAUGUUUAAUGUCCAUGAAAUAAUUCUCAUUUAUAAUAUUUUGAGGUUGAAGACAAAUGUGUAACAAAUUUUAAAAUAACUUUUUGAAGUAUUUAAAAAAAUCAGCUGUGAAAAUAGGAUAACUUUUAAUUAAGUAAAGGCUUAAUAUUUUACUUGUUGGCUUUUUUAAAAUAUUUUUUUAUUUUUUUAAAAUCUGAAGAACAGAAUGACAAUUUUGAUGGAUUCAAUACUUAAAGGAAAAAAAACAAAUCCUUUAUGUUCUUGUUUUUUAAUAAUAGAUGAAGGCUCUUCAAGGUAUGAAGGCAUCAUAUCGACUCCAAAAAGUGUUUCACUCAAACAAUCCCAUUGAGCCUGUGAGAGGUCGUCGGUUCAAUGAAGAAAAUCAACCACAAGCUCUCAAUGCAUUCCUGUACUCUCUGUUGCGAUCUAAUAGAUCUCACAGAAGAGGCUUGCUUACAUCAAUUAUAAAUCUUUUUGAUGAUUCUGCAGUAGGUUCAUUUGCAAAAAUGUUUAGUGCUUGCUAAAAAGGCUUAACAUUCUGUACAUAACAAAACAAUGUCCCUGCAGAGUUUAAAGUUUUUGUGAAUACAAAUGGUUUUGAUAUUUAUAGCAGUUUUAAGCAAAUAUGGCAACAUUGUUUUAUACUUUGUAGUGCAUAAUCCAUUUCUUGCCAAGUUUUAAAAUAACUAUACUGAAAAUGUUUGCCACACUCUGAAACAAUAAUGAUUACUUUGAGGAUUGAGAAAAUUAACUUCAUUUAACCUGGACAUAAAUGAUCAAUACCUUAGCUCAUUUUGAUUGAUUUUUUUUUUCUUUCUUGCAGAGGAUAUCCUUAGAAGAGCAAGUGUUCAUUGCAGACAACCUGGCAUAUUUUGCAUACCAAUCCCAGGAUGAACCUUUAUUUAUCAUUCACCAGACAGAUAUCAUCGUAUCAGUUACAGGUUCCAACCUGCUGCAAUCAUUUAGAGAGGUAUUAGGGGAAAAAUUUGUUUUGAAAAAUAUACAAAUUUUUAAUAUCUAAAAUUAUAUGUACUGGUAGUUAUAAAUUUAUAUUUGCUUAACCCUUUACAGUCCAAGCCUUUUCUACACCCUGCGACCAAGCAAAGGGACAUAACUCUAUUUUAAAUUAAGGUUCUUUAUCUAAUUAAUUUACAGAAAAUAAACUAAAAGCAAUAAAAUAAAAUUAAAAAUACCUAAAUAAAAAAUAAAUGAAAAUACUUUAUUGUUGGUGACAUUGUAAAGGUAAGAUCAAAAUAGUUUUAUUAAAAAAUCCAGAAGAGAAGAAAAAAAAUUAAAUUUUAAAAAAAAAUUUGCAAGUUGUCCUCUGUCAAUCAAAUUAUAAUCUAUUUUCUAGUCUCUGGUGAAACUCUGCAAAGCAGGCAUCCUUGCACAGGUGAAUUUGUCAAAAAUUGCAAAAACAGUUUUGGGGACCCUCCCACUGUUGCUUUUUUUUUUUGCCGGUCUUGCUGCAGAAGUGGCACGUCUUUUUCCUUCCAGAAAGUAUCAUUAGCUCAUGCUUAGAGGACAAUGGCUAUGCUGUUGCUGCAACAGAAACUAUGUCAGUGCUUCUCCUUAGCUGCUGAUGAGCUAAAGAGCCUAGCAAUCCUGACAGUAAGUCUAGGCGGAACUGGAGAUGAUUGGUUCCUACUUGUAUUAGGAACUAAAGACCAUACCUCCACCAUUUUUUGGGUGUCCUCCCUACAGGGUAGUAGGAUCUGUACUGGUCAGCCAAAUCCACACCAUCCAUAUGCCUUUUGUAGGUGAGGAUGGACUGAGGAAUAACAUCUCUGGGCCCUUGCUUUGAUAUCCUACUGACAGUUUCGACACCACUCUGUGUUUGUGCACAAAUUGGUCACUUGUCACACCAAGUUGUUGCCAGCAACCUGCCUUUCUGCAAACAUCCCCACCUUUCAUCUUUUCUGCGCGUAGUGGCCACCCCUUCCCGUUGGUGCGUAUUGUUGCACAAGAAAUGAGUGUUCACGGUCAGCAAAUCCUCUGCAAGUUUGACACUUGAAAAGUAAUUGUCAAAGUAAAAAUGGUGACCCUUUUCUAAACUUCUUCUCUUCUUCUUUAUUUUGAGGGCCCACGAUCAAUGAAUUGAUCAUUCUGGCUCCUAUGUUUCAGAGGAGUUUGCGAUGUUACUGUGCAUGGGUUUCAAUGGGAUGCUUCACUGGUUGCAAGGGCGACUCAGCAGUGGUGUUAUGAACUGGGGGUUGGAAUACAGGAGGCAAUAGACACAAAUUUGUCGAGUGUAGCCGCCUCAACUGUUGCUUUUGGAAGCUUGUUCCAGUCCCCUAUUGUCUUCGGCAGGAAUGAGGAGCUCCUUUACUUUGUUCUUGUUUUUACCAGCCGGAACUGUCUGUCGUGGCUUCAUCGCAGUCUAGGGGGAAGAUGAACGAGUUUCUGUUUGAUUCCGGAGCAGUGGACCAGCCCAUUUUUGAUCUUGUACAACAUGGGGAGCCUGGAUAGUCGUCGUCCUUCUUCCAAUGUAGACCAGCCCAGUGUUUCUAGCAUGCUGCCAACACUUGAGGUGUUUCUGUAGCGGUUCAUGACAAAGCGUGCUGCCCAUCGCUGGACCGCCUCCAACCUGUCGAUGCUUUUCUGGGUAAAUGGGUCCCAGACUGUAGAAGCGUACUCUAAAAUAGGCCGGACAAAGGCUUUAUGGGCUUUUUCUUUCACGCUUGAGUUUCCGAUCUUCAGAUUGCGCCUUAGGAACCCCAGGGUCCUCUCACAGUAAAGAUGAUGUGGUGGCCUGUUGCAUUGUGUCGUUUACUUUGCUGGUGUAAAAUUUAAAAUUAUACAUAAAAUUUCAUUGCGGGGGUCAGCAAUGCACCAAACUUUGAUACCCCAUGGGGUCGGAUUGGCUUUUAUGUAUUGUUUGAAAAAACAAUCUCCCAUUGAAGCUUAUCAUUGCCUCAUCAAUGCCCGUUUCCUAUCCUGGGUAAUAAUUUUCCUUACUGUUUUUAUUAUAAUGUCCAGAAGGGGGUCUAAUUUUAAAUAGAUGAUCGUAGCCUGGCUGUCCCUUAGCAACAGCAUUGUUGUUGUCAUUUAGAUGCAAAUAUUGACUUAUUUUCUUAUAUCGGUUUUUACCAAUAAUGUCAGAUACGGCUGGAACUGUUAGUCUUUGGUCUGGAUACCAGAAUGAGUCAACUUCUGGCAUGUCAUGGAUCCCAAACAUUAUAUUUAUAUAAAAAAAACUUCUUGAUCUCACUGGAGCAAACUGGUGCCAGUAAGAGUCUUUUUUGCCACACUUUGUUGCACACUGGAUUGCAUAUAAAUUUGUUUGCUCUACUACGUGUUGGUAGAAAAUAUCCGGGAUAAACAAAGAAAAAAAAUCAUAUGCAACUGCAUCCUCAGGCAAAUUAUGCUUAGGGCUGAUUGCUCUGUGAAUGGGAACAGUUUGAUGCUUGAAAAAUUCGUAGACCAUUCCUCAUCUGUCUGAUCAUUUGUGGUUGUAGUGGAAUUGGGAUCAUUUGUGGUUGUAGUGGAAUUGGUUAUAGGUCUAUUUUCAUUGAUGUCACUACUAUUAUCUUCUCCACUUGAAUCAGUAUCACUAGUAGCGUCAUAUAAAUUAAUGUCUAUAUCCGAUUCUUCACUAUCACUGCUGGAAUCAUGAAAUAAUGAAGCUUCAACCUAAGCUCUUACAAAAUUUUAUCCAUUGCUUGAAAAGCCUUUUUUUUUUUAGCGAAAAAAAUCACAAAUUUUCAAAAUAUCGUAGAAAAUGAGCGCCUAAGCGCACCACGUUCAAACUAAUGCCAAAAACUAGGCUUUCUUCCGGUAGAACUAUAAUAGUACCGGUAAUGUGCAAUGGAUUUCCACUGUGCUAAGAACGAAAGGAAACAACCUCGAAAUGGGAAGGUUUGGCCGCAACGGACUGUAGGCUUAAUGAAAAAAUCGGCGCAUUUUGGGCGCAUCGGACUGUAUAGGGUUAACAAAUUAAUUAAGGUACCGGUACCACCCAUAUUAUAUGUACGCACUAGGGUGUAAGUUUGCAUACGCUUUCAGGGGGGGGGGGCUGUCUGUCUAGGCAGAAAGUAUGUACAUGUAGUGUGAAAUAUUAAAUUGUGCAAUAAUUAUCCUAAACCUGACAGUUAAUAAAUUUAUUUUUUGGGCGCAUCGGACUGUAUAGGGUUAACAAAUUAAUUAAGGUACCGGUACCACCCAUAUUAUAUGUACGCACUAGGGUGUAAGUUUGCAUACGCUUUCAGGGGGGGGGGGGCUGUCUGUCUAGGCAGAAAGUAUGUACAUGUAGUGAUAAAUAUUAAAUUGUGCAAUAAUUAUCCUAAAACUGACAGUUAAUAAAUUUAUUUCAACUGCUGUGAAAAUGAUUUGAAGGAAUCUUAAUUUCGCCUUGCGCUUUUCACUAGUAAGCUUGCUAGAUAUUGCUCUAGUAGUAGUAAAUGUAAUAGUUAGUCAACCUUUUGCCUGUUCAUUUUGAAUGUUAGACUUAGAAGUUAUUUAUUUGUUUAGCCAUGCCAGUGGUUCCAACAAUUUUUUAAUUCCUUGCGCAAUUGCCAAAUAAAGGUUUUCUAAAGGUAGUCAAAUUCAUACAAAUACAAAAAGGGUUAAUUAAAAACAUGUAUGUAUUUCACUAAGUGCAUCUAGUAACUGCAAACAUUAAUUAAUCAAGUGAGAUGACACAUUGGAUUAACUCAUUCCUAAGAGCUCACCGUAAUCCCAACCCCCCUGCCCGCCCCUAACCGGAUGAUUCGAUGGUCCUUGUCGACUUCGACAGACGAACAACAACAACUACUUCCGUACUUAAUUUAUAUUCCUGAACUAAGUAAAGUAACUACCUUUUGCCAUUGAUUAACUUGUCUAUGAAAAAAAAAAAAUUCAGCUGCUAUAUAUAUAAUUAAUGGCGAACAAAUAACUAGCAAUGACCAAAGAAUGGCCCCUCAGAUGAACACAUGCUAGAUAAAGACUCACCGUUAUAAAGCACCCAUAGAUUGAAAGUGAAACAAGAUAAAAACUUCAGGUUUUUUAAAAUUGAAAUUGUGCCAUCACUGGAAGCCUCGAAUGACACAAGAUUAUGUUGCUAUUUUAAAAUAAAAAUGAGAGCGGUAUGUCGCUACUUGUCUGGACCCUUCUUUUGGAACCCCACAAAGGACCCAUUUAGUCGGGACCGUUUGGGAAAGAGUUAAAAAGGGAAACAAAAUUAAAAUUUUCCAAGGACACUUUGAGAAAGCUGCGUCUUCGCAGGGCUGUGCCUGGGCAAAACCUGAAAAUGCUGCCCCUCAAUCUAAAGAAAAAUGUACAGCCCAGGGUAGAAUUAGUACAUUUGAUUUUGAAACCACUAUUCUUUAAUUUGUGGAUAGCUUUACAUACCUCGGCAGAAUCAUUCACAUACAAGGAGGGACAGACGCUGACAUAAGAGUGAGAAUUGCCAAGGCAAGAGCUGCAUUUAACAAGCUAAAUAAAAGUCUGGAGUUGCAGCAACUUGACCCUCCAGACCAAGGUCAUGAUAUUCAACACCACAGUGAAACCUGUCUUGCUAUAUGGAGCAGAAACAUGGCGAACAAUAGCAGCUGGUUCAAAAAAGCUACAGAUGUUUAUCAACUCAUGUCUCUGAAAGAUUCUACGAAUCCGCUGGCCCAACGUCAUCACCAACGAGGAUCUCUGGCGGCGCACACAGUGAACCAGUGGAAGAGUUAGUCUGCCAGCGCAGAUGGAGAUGGAUUGGCCACAGCCUCAGAAAGCCCACAACCAGCAUCACGAGACAAGCCCUCACUUGGAACCCCCAGGUCAGACGGGACGACAGGCGAUGAUGAUGAUUCUUUAAUUUACUAUUAAACUCCAAUCAAAAGACAACUGGGCGUCUGCAAACACACACACACACCCACCCCCCUGUAUUGCCCUGGCCCUGGGCGAUGAUUCACUAAUUUGGGAACCACAUGGCUACGCCAAAGCCAGACAGACAUCUUUGAAAAGCUUAGACACUUUUUUUUUACUGACAUGAUGAUAAAUUUAUUUUGUAGGUGGAUUUUUUUUUUUUAAAAAGGGCACUUGCAGUUGACUUUCUUGAGUAUUUAUUAUAUGGAUGAAUUAAAAAACUUAAUCUACUUUUAAAUAGAAUUGUAAAAUUUAUGAUAAAUGUAAAACGUAAAAUGUAAAAAAACGUAAUGUUGCGGAAACUGGUCAGUUAGCAGAGUUUUUAGUCAAAUUAUAAGCAAAUACGAUCUAACUGGAUGCUCAUUUUAUGUACUAUUUGUUUUAUCUAGAAUUUACCACACAAACACAGAAAGGGAGAGCAAAAUGGCAUGGAUGGUGAGAAUUUACCAAAUGGUGAUGCUAAUGCUAUGGAAGAAGAUGAUGAUGAUGAUAAUCCAGAAUCAUUAUUACGUAAGUUAAUACAAUAUUAUAAAGCGAAGUUUAAGAUUAAUAGUUUUUACUAAUUUAGUAGAAAUGGGUCCUUGAUUAAUGGGGAUGGCUUAUUCUUGCAUUUUGUGAAUGUAAAGGUGUGGUUUAAUGCAUCAUCUUGAUCCUAUAUAACCAGUAAGGAUAUCAGUUAAUGUCAUUUUACUCUUCCCCCCACCGCCCCAUUUUCUUCCCGAGAAUAUCAAUCUUGUAUGGUACAUUUUCUCCCUUUCCUUACCAUCUCCCCAUCCUGCCACUUCCUCCCUACCUUCCCCACCUUCCCCAACCAUCUUCUUACCCCUGCUCCCACCUUAAACACCCCACUCUCUACCUCCAAUCCACUUUCGUCCCUAGCUCUCUGCCUCGUUGUAGAGAAAAUUUAUGUGCUUACUCUUAUUCAAUCCCUCCCGCUGUCUUGAUAAAAUACAACACAUUUAUUUAGUUCCGGUGUUUCUUAAGUAUUUACAAUAGCACAGCAGUUUCAAAUUCAAUUUAUAUGCUUAGUGUGCUGUAUAUUCAAAUUGCUCCCAUAGAGAAACACUGACUCACAGAUUAUUAUAUUUUUAUCUACAUUUAACAUAUUGUUCCUUUUUUUUCCACGGAAGUAAUGUAAAAUACUUGAUCAUUAAAAAUUUAAUUUUUCACAGAGAAACUUCCGGAACAGAUUAAACCUCUUGAAGAUAUAAUGCGACUUUCCCAAGGAUGUGUACUUUUAUUGGUGCUAAAACAACAUCUCAAAGAGAUGUAUGGCCUUACUGAGGGGUAAAGAAACAUUUUAGCAUAAAUCACAUUUAGUUUAAAAACAAAGUUUAUAUUUAGUUUUAUUUUUGGAGGACAUUUCAAAAUUUUUUUGCUCAUGUGGAAAAUCCUAUAUUCUUUUUCAGCAAAAUUCACAGAUACUCCCCGUCAGAGGCAGCAAAAGUUUAUGAAAAACCAUUAAAUCGUAAAACUUUGCCAAACUUUGAGCCCCAACAUACACUAAAAGUUUUGCGGUCUGUGUAUGAAGAGGAUAAACAAACUGAGGAAGAAAAGAGACAGAAACUUGUCGAGGAUUAUCUUGAAGUAAUAAAUAGUUUUUGUGUAAAGAUCUACAUAGAUCUAUACAUUACUAUACGCUCACUUAAGCACAUGUUGUAUAGUUAAGCUUCACUUUAACUCAAUCCUUUCGUCAAAGAUACUUCCGUACUUAAUUUAUUGGCCUGAGAAAUGGAAGUAACUCUGUUUUGCAAUUUUACUUUUGUAAAAUAUUUUUUAAAGUUGCUAAAUAAUAAUUAAUGUUAAUGAAUUAAGGACAAAUGCAUCCAAAAAUGUUUAAUAAAAACAACAUUAAUUGAAAAAAAUAAUGAACAAUGGCAUGGUAGAUAUAGACCCACCAUACUAAAGCACACAGAUUGAAAGUGAAACAAUAUACAAACUUCUGGUUUUAAAUUGAAAUGACACCAUGGCAGGAAGUCUCGAGGGAUUCGAUAUUUCAUGUUUUUUAUAUAUAUAAAUAUAUAAAUGAGAGUGUCGCUAUGCGCCGGGACGCAUCAGUCGUAACCCUUAUAGGACACAUUUGGUCGCAUCCGUCAGGAAUGAGUUAAUUGGUGCAGAGUAAUGCUGAUAGUCCCCUUAACUGGCAAAGGCUUAACCCAGCAUUAAGAAGUGAUACUUAAUUUAUUUUUGUUAAAUGUGCUUUACUUGGCUUAUGAGUCAAUUCAGGCCACCUAGUAACCCAAAACCGGGGAAGCCCUGGAAGAAUUGCCAACAUGCUAUUUGCUAAAGCCAUUUUGAACUCUAGACUAAACUCUUUCUCCUCAUAUAAAUAAUGAUAUUAUUUAUUUAAUGUGUCUUGUUAGCAUGUUAUGUCCUAAAAACAUUAUAACUACAGUUCCUUUCCUUACUUAAUUUAUAUGCCUGAGAAAGGGAAGUAACUGCAUUUUGCAUUUUUGUUUACAUUUUUAAAAUAUUUAUUAAGGUGCUAAAUAUUAAUUAAUGUUAAUGAAUUAAUUAUAAAUGCAUCCAGAAAUUAAUAAGGUUUAAUUUUCACAAUACAACAUUAACUUUAAAACAAUAAAGAACAAAGACUAAAAAAUUUAUUUUUUGGUAUCCCGGACGAACACAUGCUAGAUAUAGACGGGCUGUACUAAAGCUCUCAUAGGAUGAAAGUGAAACAAGAUAAAACCUUCCAGUUUUUAAAUUGAAAUUAUGUCAUCACCGGAAGUCUGGAGGGAUGCAAGAUUUCACUGCCAUUUUUACAUUAAAAAUGAGAGAGGUGUGUCGCUAUGCGCCAGGAUUCAUUCGGAAUCCUAGGACACAUUUAGUCGCAACCCUCUGGAAUGAGUUAAAAAGAAUUAGUUUCUUAAGCCUUUCUUUUUAAAAGCUACCAUGCCAGAAACUAUCAAGCAAUAACUUGUAGUUCAAUUAUUCCUAAAUACAAAGAUUUGUCUGUUAACUUUAACUUCAGUUUCGAGACUUGAUGAUGAGCAUAGAUCCUGCAGAGGAUGAGGAAAGUGGUGAUGAAGCCCGCAAUGCAGGACAUGCUACAUCUGUUCCUGGUUUUACAAAGUCUCCAUCCCAUCAAAGUGAUCCUGGGGAUAGUGGAGGUAGAAAUGGAGAACCUAAAACUAUGGAUGGAGAUGCAGAAAUAGAUAGACUUCAAGCCAACUCUACCUCAGGAAUAUCUGUAAGCAAGGUUAUUAGCCUUUGGAUGAGAGCAAGUCAUUUAUUGAAUUUUAGAAAAUCUUUUACACACAUUACUUCAAUUUUUUUUUUUUUAAAGAUUUUUUAUUUGAAAAAAUACACUUUUUUAAACCAUAAAAUUAGUUUGAAAUUAUUGAUUAAUCGGCUGUAUUUUUGCUUUGAAAACCCUAUUGUAUUAAAAAAAAUUGUUGGUAAUUAAUACUAUGUCAUAAUUAAUCACAAUUAUAGAGAUACGGUACUAUUUAGGUUACAGGGAAUAAGGCGUAUACCAUUAUUAUUAUUACAAUUAAUGGGGGAGAAACUGAAACGAGCACUCCUCUGACUCUCAGAAGUAUAUAUUACCUGCCGAUAAUCAAUGCAAUGAUAGAAAUUAUGAUAAUGGUGUAUAAAAAAUGUAAAGAUAUAUUGUAUAAUUUAAUUUUCCUCCACCCACAGGAAAAUCCAUCUUCAGCAUCAAGAUCUCCAAAAAUAUCUCAUUUCCCUUAUGAUCACCAUAACCAACACCAUCAUCAUAGUGACAAAAAGAAGAGAAGCCAACAUUCAUCACAUAGAACUCAUAAACUUUUGGCCUCAGGUGGUCAUAAAACACCGACUGUAAAAAAGAAAAGAAAGAAAAAGAAGCGUCAAGGUAGUGAUGAUGAUGAUGACAGUGAUGAUGACCCAGAUUUUAUUGGUUGAGUGAUGUUUGCUAUUUAUAUCAACAGUUUGUUCUUCAUGUUUCUUCAUUGUUUUUGCGACACUAGUAAAUUGAGCACUCCUGUGACACAUAUGAGCCUGCACUUAGAACAGUAUCUGAUCUUUCAACAAGAAGUUUUUGAUGAAAUCUAACUCAACAUGGAUAAAGACUAAUCAAAUGAUGAUAUUCCAUACUUUUUAUUUUCAAUUUUGAUCAUUGAUAUGCAGUUAAGAUCCCCUAACAAAAAGUGUUGUCAAAUAUUGUCUUCAUAACUGUAUUUUAAAAGGAUCCAAGAAUGAAUUUUUGAAGGAAAAUUAUUAUAGAAUUCUGUCAGCAUUAUUUUAACACAAUCUAUUUUGAGGUGAAAGUAAAACAUUACCUGUAAUGUUAUACCAAUAAUAAUUCAAUGUUAAAAUAGCUUAUCUAAAAAAGUAAAAAAUUCAGGCAUUCAUGGGUAUUACAAAUGGAAAAUAAUGUUUUCCUAUCAAAUGCUAGGACUACCCACUAUUUGCAAGAACAUACACACACAAUUUAAAAGCCAUACAGCAAAUAUUUAAAAAUUUUGGGGGCCUAACUUUUAAAGAAAAAUAUUUUCAACCAUUUUUUAUUUAAAUUUCAGAAUAUCUCUAUUUUUAAAAAUGAUAAUGAUUUUAAAAAGCCCUAGUUUCACUACAGAUGGAACUUGUCUGAUUUUAACUUCCUACUGUAGCAGUACAUCUAUAUAUUCUUCUUUUUUGUAUUGAAAUCUAAAAAAUAGGUAGGUUCUUAUUAAGUAAUUAACAUAAUUAUUUUUCUUUUAACAAUUGUAGCUGAAUUUCUUAUCAUAAACAAACAUGCCAACUAACAAAUCAUCAUCUUUGCAUCCAUUGGAACAAAUCUUGCAGACCUUAAAUUUAAAAUAAAAUUUUUAUCUGAUAAUUUCUUAAUUUUAACUCUUGGUCAAUUUUUUUCCUGGCUCAGAUUGCAUUCAUAUAGUGAGCAAGGUAUUAUUAAAGGCAUACUAAAAUGAAGAAAGGUUGUUUCAGUUAUGAAUGUUUAGCCAGUUAAGAUUAUUUAUCACAGUCCUCUAAUUAAACUAGUUUUGAGGGGAAAAUUAUUUGUAUGAACCACUAAAAUGUACCGGCAUUUGAAUCAUAGAGAUGUUAUACUGCUGUCCCAAGUGCCCCAGUAAUAGGUUUACCAUAAUUUUAAGGUUUGAAACACCUGGACUUGCAGUGGCAUACUUUUUUUUGGGGGGGGAUGAGUGGGCAGCCUUAUUUAUAAUUAUAAUAGAGGGAGUUCGCUCCAGGCUGCAUAUAGUAAAAUAUGCCACUGGAUAUCAGGCAAAAGGCAAAGUCUAAAAAGCCAUAUUAAGUGUGAUUGAUAUUUCUUUAAUAUUUCUUACUUGAUGGAUUCACUUUUUAAGCUAUGUCUUUAUUCUUUUUGUACAAAAUUACUUAACAGCUUAAUAAGGGGCCAUCCAUAUAGUAUGUAUACACUAAGCAGAGAAGAGGGAUAGUCAAUUUUGUGUACAUGGGGAGGGUGUCCUCAGCAGAAUGUAUGUACAUUUAUUUACAAAGUCAGCAAUAAUUAUUCAGACAGUCCAUAAAUAGCAUAUUUAUAUCUGCUGUUAACAAUACCACACAAUGUUUUAUCAUGGUCAUAUUGCAGCGUUUUCAAAAGUGAAUGUCCUAUGUGUUGCUCUAGUAGUACACCUACUGUGUACCGGUACUAGUAGUAAUACUUAGUCAAACAUAUAUUCUGUGUGCCUGCGACAUACUUUGUUCGGCUACGCCAGUGGUUCCUAGAAUUUUUCAAUUUUCCGGCACCCUUGCCAAAUUUAGGUUUGCACUAAAAUCCUUACAAGUACACUUCGAAAAAUCGAAUACAUUUACAAAAUAAUAAAGUAAAGGGUUUGGUAAGAAUAAAUAAAACAUGUAUGUAUGUCUCAUAGUGUAAUCACCUGCAAAGUUAUUGGUACUGUGAUACAGUACUUAAGUGAGAUACUAAGCCAGGGCAAGGCCACGCAGAGAAAAAGCAACGCACAGAAUAAAUCAUGAAUAUGGCGUCCCUCAAUAAAUAGAAAAAGUGACACCAAGGGUGGAUGAGUAAAAAGACUAUUUUGGCGCCCCAGGUUGUGAAGUACAUGGGAUUUCAUAGUUUCAAUAACUAUUAUGUUCCUAUAUUUGGCACCUGGGAUGAGAACCUCCUUUCUUUUGGUCUGGCAUGAGGGCACUGUGGCACCCCAAGGUUGAUUGACAUAAUUUUAACUGUGAUGUCAUAAUUAUUUGGGGAAGUGGGGUCAAAAGGCUUAAUAAUUAAUUGUAGGCAUGGGGGUC